GGGUGCGUGUGUGUGUGUCUGCGUGUCUGUGUGCGCCUUGGGGGCAGGCUGGGCUCCUCUGAUUGGCUGAGGGGCUGGCCCAAGAUCUCCCCCUCAGCACUCAGAAGCAAGCGAAGAAGGGAUCCACCUCUGGGACACUGGACCGUAUAAAAAGGGAGGCUAAAAACUUGACAGAGUCAGUAGGAAGUUUCUGCUGGGGUCUGGAGUGGAACUACAUAAACCAGACCAUCCCUGUAUGACUGGACACUAAAGCAGAACCAAGGAUACAAAGAGUCUUCAUGUCUAAUAUUUAGACAUGUUCAGCUUUGUGGAUUCCCGGUUACUGCUCUUGAUAGCAGCAACUGUUCUACUCACCAAAGGUCAAGGCGAAGAAGACCGUAAGUACAGCAUCUUAUGUACUCUGGCACAGUGUAUACAUGUUAAAUGACAGUUUUUAUUGUAGUCCUAUGGAUGGGGUGGUACUUGCCCCCAUAUUUCCUUCCCCCCAUCUCUUUCUGUCGAAUGCAAAACUAUUUCCCCCCUCUGCGCCACCCAGAACUCCAGAAGUGCAAAAGACAGUAAGCACCAAAUCAUUUCUACCGAGCAGUUUGCCAAAGUCGGGGGAGAGGGGCGGCGGUGGCGGCUGAGUUGUGAUUUUGCAAUCUGUGCUUCCCUGUGGUUGUAAUACUCGCAGCGUGUUGCGGUGGCUUGAGAGAUGUAGAUAUAAGACCAGGCAAAGAGAGCGCUUGUUAUAUACGGUCUUGAGAUUCCUUUAAAAAAGGAAUUAAAAAUUUUUUGAGAAAGGUCAACACACGUUUGUGACCUUUCCGAACCUUCAGGAGUUGGCAUGAAGGCAAUGCGGGGAGGAAGGCUUAAGAGACUGAAAAAGAAGGUAUCUCUCGCACCUCGCAGAUUUCUCCUGAAAGUGCUCUACGGAGAAAACAAACCACUCUUCUAAAAGCAAAAUUAGCCAGCUGUGCAUAGCCUUGGGCGUGUUUCCUUUGGUCUCUCUCCCCCCCUCCCCCCUCCUUCUCUUCUCUUAACAUGUCCCUUGGGGCCAGAUAACAAGUUGGAUCAAUUAGAAUCUCUGCACUGGCUUGCCAAGUUCAGGAAAGAGGGGCGGGAACUGCAACUGGGUUGUCACUGGAGGGGGGACAGGAAAGGGGAGCGCGGCAAAUGAUGGAAAACUCAUUGUGCGUUUGGAAAGCCAAACGCUUGACAGGGAGGAGAGGCGAGGAGGACAAAGCUGUUUUCCCUGCCUUGUCGAAGAAGUCUGCAAAAGCCAUCAGGAAAAUAUUAGGGGGGGGGGGGAGAGAAGGAGGAGGAGAGAGAGAGAAGUUUCAGGAUGAUUCAUAAGGAAAAUGUUUCAGAAACUUAUAAAGCGCAGGAGUCUAGACAUCACUUCAUAGACAAAGCCUUUUGGAUGGUAAAGGAUUGGAGGGAAUCACUUUUGCUCACCGACCAAGUCCAAUGGCGACAUCUACUGGCCAUCAAGGGACUCGCUUGUCCUUGGCAUUCUUCUAUAGACUUGCCAGGGGUGGGGUUGUGGGGAGUGGCCUUAAAAUGGGUCAGCAAUGAUCAAAGGGAGUGUAUUUCCGGGGUCGACAACUGAACAGGAUUAGUAAACAACUCCUCACCGGAGGGAAAUCAAUUUACCAUCAAGCAAGCAACAUUUUUUGUGUGUAGUAUAUUCAUCACUCCAAUUAUGGAAGUUUUGCUGCCAUCUAGUGAUGGGUGGGAAGUUUUCCUGUAGCAUCCCAGGAGAGUGUUCUCAAACAUGAGUUUCAUGUUCCCAAAACAACUUGACUCCUUCCCCCUUUAAUUUUUUCCUGAGAAUAGCGGGUUUUCUUUCUCCCUCCCUGUCCAGUAUCUGGUGGUUUUUUUUAUUUUUGCAGAAAAUUCAACAGUCCAGCGCUCGAUUUUAAAAGGAGGCAAUAAUUUAUAAAAUGCACGGUCCCUCAUUUAAAAAACAAAAACAAAAUCUGCUAGAAAAGCAAAUUCUUACUUCUUCUCCAGCAUUCGUCCUUGGUCAUAUCUCUUGGUACCAUCCUUAGCUCAGGUAUGCUCCACAGUUAACAUCCACGGUGCUACGAAACUCCUUGUUUCUGAGCAAGCUGGUGUCGGAUUUCAGCCAAGGUGGGAGGCCUAGUGAGCCUGCCCUAUUGUGAUCCACACCUGUUGACUCCUCAUCCUACCUAAAUUGUUUGCGGUGGAGCUGAUUUCCCAAGGCCACACGCCAUCAGCAGGACGCAAUUUCUUCUCUUACACGGGUCCUCCUCCAGUCCAAAUUCCUGAGUCUCUCCCUCUCUCUCUCUCCCCCUCUACUCUUUAUCUCUUUUGCUUCUUAGAAGGCUGUGAAUUUCUUUCUCCUUUCUGUGUUUGGCUUGGCUUCAGCUCAGAACGUUGAGGUUACCAAGUUGGAUGCAACAACCGGCCAGAAGUUUUGCUUAAAUUCCAAAGCAACUGGAAAGAGUUAUUGUGAGGCUGGCUCGUUUCCUGUGUCAUAGAGUUUGCUUGAUGAAAAGCAGAUGAGGGUUUUCUUAGAGCGCACGCACAAAAUGUCAGCGUUAAGUGGAGAGCAGGAGGAGGAGGGAAGGGAGGCCAAACAUCAGAAACAUUUUUUUUUUUUUAAAUGUAUGCGCUCUCCAGAUCGAUCCGUUGUAAGAAGUUCACAUGUUUGCACCUUGGCCAUUCUGCCGACACUGCUGGCUCCCAAAGGACCCUUCCCCUCUUCCCUUGCCCACCUCAUUUCUUGUGUCACCUCCUUCUUUAGUGCCAUCUGGAAGCUGCAUACAGAACGGAAUAACGUACAGUGACCGAGAUGUUUGGAAAACAUCCCCCUGCGACAUCUGCGUGUGCGACAGCGGCAGUAUCCUUUGCGACAGGGUGAUCUGUGAACUCCCAGUAGACUGCCCAAAUCCUGAGCUCCGCGAUGGAGAAUGCUGCCUUGUUUGCCCUGGUAUGGAUACUGACUUUACCUACUCUUCUUCCAUCCACUCAUACCAUCAGUAUUGCCUAUGGUUCUGUCCGUCCACGGGCACUCAGUUUCCCCCCCUCCCCAUUCCAUUUAAGCAUACCCCAAUCAGUCUCCUGGAGAAACUGCCUGCCUGCAAAUGUAUUUACUCAUUAUAUCUAUUCCAGUUUUACUAAUUCACCCAUCUGCCCAAACGAAACAUCCACCUUCUACUAAUGUACACCAAAAUCCAUUUGUUUACCUAUCUAGUUCCUCUUCUCCCUCUCUUCUCUUUACAUCAACCAAUCAACAGCCAUCUAAUCACCCAUCCAUUUAUCCAUCCACCUACAACCCCAUCACCUAUUUAAUUGUUUCUUUGUAUCCACCCCUCUAUGUGCUAUCUAACCACUCAUCCAUCCAUCCAUCCAUCCAUCCACCACACGUCUGUCUCCUGGUUCAGUUGCCUGAGGUUUUGUUUUCAUCGUAAACGACAAUAACAAACCGCUGGUUUCAUAGAGAUAUUUGCGUCCCUUCCUUGAGAGAUUGCAGAAAUUUGGCAAAGAAAAUUCUGCAGAGUCAGGAAAGAGAGUGAAGAGUUGGGAGAGGACCUUUCAGGCAUCUUAACUUUAGUUGAUGCUAUAUUGGUGCAUUGUGGGAAGAAACUGGGCUUUCUUUCCUUUCUUUGAAAAGUCAGCACUUCAAAUAGGAUUGCCCAAGUAGACUGGAUGAUGUGAAUUCGGAUGGUCCUUCAGAUUGGCCCAUUACAUAUUCUGAUUAGGCCAAUGAUAGGAGUUGCCAUUUCCUAUCGACUUCUAAAUGUACCUAGGAAAGAAGCCUGGUCUUCAUUCAAUGUUUAUUAAGGGAAGGAUGUUCUGAUAGACCAGAGGGCAUUGUGGGUGCAACGGAGGGGUUGCAAUGGUAUCAGGUGAUGAUGAUAAAUUCUGGGUGAUGGGUCUGAUUCAUAAUAUUCCUUUUCCUUUUGUAUUCAAGAAACCAGUGAACCUCCCCCAGAAGCCACUGGAGUAGAGGUAAAUUAUCUUUUGGUAACCCUAACUUCCAUUUAUUUGGAUGCAUCAAUUUUGUUUUCUUUUUGAUAACCAGCUAAUCACUAUUAUCUUCCUAAUUGGCAGGGUCCUCAGGGGGAACGAGGCCCUAAAGGAGACAGGGUAGGUAUCUGUAAUGAAACUUUGGCUGAUAAUAGUUCAAAGGGGAAAGGAAAUAAAAUUAAUAUGCAAGCAUGCCAGAAAAAUUGGUGGCAAGUAGUUGUGUGUGAAUAGGACAGUCAUAAAAUAUUCUUUGGCCGCAUUUUGAAAUUUCCAUUCCUAUACGCAAAAGAAAUUCUGCCUACUUAGGUUGUUUAAAAGAACACUUGCCCCCUCUAACCUACAGAAAGGAGAUUCAAAUCUCCCUUUGCUUCUUCUUUUUAACAACAUUUGAAUUUCUUCAGCUCACAUCAGCUUUUAACUAAACAUCCCAAAGCUGUUGCAAAAAGACCCGGCCAUUUUGGCAUUCUUUACUAUAGCAUCACGGUGGUUCAUAUUUUGGGAGUGGGAGAAUAAAAGGUCCCCCUUCAAAUGUUGCUGGUGUGUGAGGAAUUUCCAAACCAGUUUUGGUCUUCUAAUAUUGCCUUCUAAUAAUGGAUAGCUUUAGCAUACUUAGGAAUCUGAAAGUUUUGUGUCUCUUUUGUAGGAAACGUAUACAUUUUUGUGCAUUCAGCACCAUAUACUGCCACGGUUCUAACCUGCGACUUCCUGCUCUCUUUGUUUUCAGGGGCUUCCUGGUCCCCCAGGCAGAGAUGGCAUUCCUGGCCAACCCGGACUCCCUGGACCUCCAGGCCCCCCAGGCCCCCCAGGCCUUGGCGGAGUAAGUUGGGUUUCCUCCAUAACUUUUGUUUUUCCAACAAUUCAUGGAGGAUGCAUUUUUAAGAACCUCAGCAACACCUUCUCUCUUCUCUCUUCCUUCUCCUCCUCUCCCCUUACAGAACUUCGCUCCUCAGAUGGGUUACGGUUAUGAUGAAAAAUCUGGUGGCCUUGCUCUUCCUGGCCCAAUGGUAAGUGUUGACGGUCUCAGGGGAUUUGAGCUUAGUGUGGAAGGGGGAAAGUGGGAAGAUUGUAGAAGUAUGAAUGAAGAAGUCUGUUUCAGCCUUCUUGGUUCCUUAAUCUCAGGACAGAAUGGUGAGGCCACAGGUAGGGAGGUACAUGUUGCUAACUGAUGUCCGCCUGAUGAGCUCUUAGUAGCAGAAACUGAAGUAUCAAAGAUACUCCAACUUUAUUCUUUUUGAUUGGGCAGGCAUCUCACUAAUAAAGCUGAGUAACUAAGGGAUAGCAUUGCUUUUUUCCAUGAGGAAAAGGGGCAUGGAAUGUGGGUUCCAUGAACUAAUAAUAAGCAUCAUGACAAUGAUAAUUUUUUAUGGUCCUAAGUGUUUACCAUAGAGUUGGAAGGGAACUUGAGAUUCAUCUAGUUAUAUAACGUUAGAUCCAGACUAAGUUGGUUAGACGCAGCUCCCAGUGAAACCCGUGGAACAAGUUAGUCAUGAAAACUCAUUUUAGUGGCAACAGUGGCUUGAGUUUGUGGGUUAGUACUCGCUUUCUUUAAAAUACACCAGUUAAUCUGGCUUGAAAAAGGAGCAGGGGACUUAAGGGUGAGCAAAUCCCCACCAAGAAAUUCCAUCAGUCUUGCGGGAAUCUUUUGAGUGUCUCUCAUAGCUUCUCAGAAGUUAUUCCAUUGUAGGAACCUCCCAUUUUGUGUUACGUUUCACUUUAGGCUAAAUCUGAUGGCAGCCCAACGCCUCUCAGCUGGGAGGUAUCCAAACACGCUGACCACUCAUAUAGCAACUACAAAAACAGACAUACCCCAACAUCAAUGUGGAACACUAGACCAAGAGAAACAAAAUGGUUGUUUAAAGAGAGAUGGAGGAAAAGCAAUUUAGGAAAUGACGUAAAAGUGGGUGGAGGUCAGAGUGAGGCCUAGUUAAGAGAAAAGGUCAAGAAUGUAUGGUUAGAGCAAGGCAGUACGAGAAUGGAUAUCCACAAGGGUCAAGACAAGAUGGCUCCAAUUUCAUUUACUUGGGAAACAUGACUGAUUCUUCUCGCUUUGGUUUGUAGGGUCCAGCUGGUCCCCGUGGUCUUCCUGGUCCUCCUGGCGCUCCCGUAAGUACUUCUUUGCUUCCAUCUUAAUAACAAAUUCUCAAUACAUUUUAGACAAGGGGUUGUGCAUUUGGGAUUUCAGAUGAGAGAGGUGCAUUGUAAAUGUACGGACCUCAGUACUUGAGGCAAUGUUCACCAAGCAGAAAUUCCCAGUUCUUUCCUUUGGUCCUAUUCCUUCCUUUGGUUGGAGGAAUGGGGCUAGUGGGGUUUCUAGUGCUCUGGAGAGCAAGGAUUUUGUGCCAUCUUUGUCUCUUUCCAGAAAAUAAUAAUAAUAAUAAUGCAGGCUAAAUUCUGGAGUCGCAGAAUUCACUUAUCCUUGGCACAGAGUAGGAGAUUGCUUUGGUAGCAGGUUUCUUUCCUCUUUGCACGGAAGAAAUAAGGUCCUCUCUUGAGAGGCCUACUCCAUAGGCCUGGAUGUUCACAGGCAUUCACAGAAACUCUGGAGAGAUGAGAGAAGGGGGAAUGGAAUACAUAACCAUUUCCACAUUGAUGUGUGAGGUGGUUACUUAUUGACACUAUUCCUUCUUAAAGCGGGUAGACCAACAGUGUGCAAUGAAGUCAGGCAAAGGAACCAAAGUAAUGUAUCGCUUGCCUCUUAGAACAAGAGAGAGGGUGUGUAUGUGCUGGACAUGUAGGUGUCCUGAACUCCAAUCCAAGAUACAUGAAGAAUCUAGAUAUUCUGUAGAACACGCUGCCCAUGCACAGUUUCUAUUUCUUUGUUGAGCUCCCAGCACUGGUGACCUUUGGCUCCAGUUGACCUUUACUAGGAAGCUUAUGCAUCUAUGUUGGGCAAACUGGGAUGUAGGCCAGAAUAGGACAAAGGUGGUUCAAGAAGAGAUGCUUUGUAGCAGGGCAAGAGGGGUACAGGUUCAUAGGGAAGAGGAAUUUGCUUCAGGCCAGGAGAGCAGCGCAGCAGAAGUCAUGGAGGUAGAGAUGAAAGGAAGGGGACACUCGGGGCUGACAAAACUCAGGUGGUCCAUCAUGGUCUACCCAAAACAAAUAGGGGUGCAGUAGGUCAUGGCCUUCCAUCUAACAUAGAUGCUCUGAUUUAUCUUCCAGGGUCCCCAAGGUUUCCAAGGUCCCCCUGGUGAACCCGGAGAGCCUGGUGCUGCUGUGAGUACCAUCUGAACUAUUUAUCGUAUCUCUCGCAUGCAUUAUUAUAGCGAAGUUGAACGGCCUCCUUGGAGUCUGUUCCUCGGAGUUCUCUUUUUCCACCACUUGGGGGAGCUUUUGAACGUCGAAUGCAGUAGACAGGUUUUCGUACUGGGGAUUCUUUGGCCCACUUUUGAAAAAUUCAACCAGCUUAUAAAUAGGAGCAGGGACGACUCGACUCAGAUUUUAAUGCAUCUAUUUCUUCUCAAACUCUAGGGUCCAAUGGGUCCCCGUGGUCCAGCUGGCCCACCUGGAAAGAAUGGAGAUGAUGUGAGUGACUUAUGUCUUUUUUUGGAGUGGGGGGCCCCCGGAAACUUCUUCUUUCCAAUUAUCCAAAGAUGGAGUGUGCCCAAAUAGCCACACAGUUUCAGUGUCAAGGUUACCCUCAACUUACAGACUUGAGUUGGCCGACUUAUCCACCUGCCUUGCUUUGCCUCCAAGUAAAGUGAGUCAGGUCUAAAAAACUCGCAGUGUAAAAAUAAAAAAAGCCUUAUCUGCAAUUAGUGACUUGAACUCCUAAGCAGCCCACCAAACCAGGACUUGAUGGGAGACGCCCACAGUUUGUCAGUGCUGGGCCUUAUCCAUCCUUGCCCCUUACCACUUUCUCUGGCUUCUCCCUUUCUGCUGAGCAGAAGCACCAAUCCUUAAGGAACACCUGUUGACGUUACAGGGCCAUUUGGUUGCAAACCUUAUUGCGAGGUCCAAGUCCCUUUUACAAACACAGUUCCCCAAUCAGUGGUCUUUCAUCCUCGCCUAGUGCGCUGUUUCUUGAGCAUUGGCUCAGACCCUGUCUCCUCUUCUUUCUUCAAGGGUGAAGCUGGAAAACCUGGCCGUCCUGGCGAGCGUGGUGCCCAAGGUCCACAGGUAAGAUGUCUCUCAUCAUGGGGUGGCUGUCAAGCACCUGUCUUUUUAGGAAGUGCUGCUCCUUGCCCUGGCAUCCCUGGAGCCUUGAGAUUACAACCUGUUGUUUAGGGAAAGUGAUGCAAUGUCUUACAUUGGUGGCCUGAAAGAGCAGGUUUGAUGAUCAUAUUAGCAAGAAGCAGCUUAAGUUUUUCAAUUCCUGCUUCAGUACAGAGGGAUGGUUCGUUUAUAAACCCAUUCUACAGCUGUCUCCAAUCUCCAGAUGUUUUGGACUACAACUCUUGUCACCCCCCACGACUGGCCAUGAUGGUGUCUGGGGCUGAUGGGAUUUGGAGUCCGGCAGCUCCUGUAGGACACGGGGUUGGCGAAGGGUGACAUACAACCUAUUCCCACCCCAAAUGCUGUAUUGCAAUGCAUCCCUACUUCAGUUCACCUUCCUGGCAAUUUUGCAAGGUGGUUAGGUUUGACUGUGAAACAGUUUAUGUGCCUAAGGCCUCAAAGAUGGCUGGGUGAGAUUUUGGAGCCCACAUUUGAACACAUCCACUCUGCCCACUAGACUGGGUGAUCACUGACAGACUCCUUCCUAGAUUGGAAAUUUUGAGCUCUUGAUGGGUGGUCCCAGCUGUACGGAGAACUAGGAUGUUCAAGGAGAUGUAAGGACAUAGCACAAAACUAGCAGUAAAGAUGCCGCCAUCUGCCUUAGUGGCAUUUCUUAAUCCUUUUAAACUGAGUCCUACAGUGUUGUUGCUAUUGAUGAAAAGCACAUUAUGUAUGUCCCAAUCAUAAACCAGCUGUUGGUGUGAAGAGAUCCCACCCACUUGCCUAGAGAAGGCGAGAAAGGUGAGACACGUUUUCUUCUUCUUCUCUGACUCCUAAAUAACUUUUUGUUCUCUUGCUUUAGGGUGCCCGUGGUCUUCCCGGAACAGCUGGCCUUCCAGGCAUGAAGGGACACAGAGUAAGUGUGCUCCGAUAGCUCAAUGACCAAGAAAAUUUGGAGAUCUUGCAAUUCAGAAUGUCCCCUGGCUAGAUUAUUUACUUAGGAGUAGACAUGCAUCCCCUCUGGAGCUUUUAACGUUUACAGCCAUCACAAUACAAACAGCAUCUGCCAUUGCGAACAUGGCACCUUCACUAGAUAAUGCCUGCCAUGAAGGUGACAAUAGCCAUAUGGUCACAUGAACCUUGGGGUAAAGCCCCACCUAGAACUAUUUAUCUUAGGAGGCAGCCAAGGUCCAAGCUGAGAAGGGCAUGAAACGAACCCUUAAAAAUGUCUACUCAGGUGUUUCAAGUUGACCAUUAUAUAAUUAUCUUGUAUAUUCAUAUCCUUGGUUCCAAGGUGGUCUUCCACCCAGGCUUCCUCAGCUUUUGCAUGGUUGCCAAUAUGGAACCUGUAGUCUUUUCAGUUGAACAGUAAAAUGAGGGACUACUAACCUUACAAAUGUAGAAUUAAGGCACGCCAUUGCCUUUUUUAUAUCAACUACUUGGAUUUUAAUGUUCCUUUUUCUUCUUUUCCAUCCGUUCUUCCAUCCCACUACUUUAGGGUUUCAGCGGUCUUGAUGGUGCUAAAGGUGAUGCUGGUCCAGCUGGCCCCAAGGUGAGUGUCCACUUUUAAGUAUGUGCCCCCUUCCGUUUAUACCUAAUUCUAUCCCCUCCUGUUUCAGCAACAGGUUGUUGACAUCUGCUCUGUUUCCUCUUUCAGGGUGAGCCUGGUAGCCCUGGUGAGAAUGGCGCUCCUGGACAAGUUGUGAGUACCAUUGUUCUUCUGCCCUUUGCUUUCAUGGGUAGACCAUCUUUCCAAAUCUUACAAGCAUAGGCUGGGUAUCAGCAGAAAUGGAUUUGUUCAGGUGAAAGGAUGAUGAGGAAAGGAAAACUCCUAGUCACCAAAAGGGGGGGAGUAAGAGGACUUACUCAUUGGUAGAGUGCAUGCUUUGUGUCUCUGAAUAUCCCAGGAUCAAUCCCUAGCCUAUUAAAAGGAACAAGGAACAGAUGAUGGGCAAAACCUCUGUCUGAUCCUCAGGACCCCAUAGACAAUCUUUAGCUAGGUAGACCCAUGGUCCGAUUCAAUAUAAGGUGUCUCUGUUUGGUUUCUGCGUACUGUGAUCACACCUUACAUCCAUUGUGUUCUGAGGAUGGAUUUGAUCCCUAGCAUGCUUUGUGGAGAAUCAAGUGGAAAUAAUUUGUCUGAAGGCGUCCAAGUUCAGUAUACUUCCUUUCAUACGUUGUUCAUGAAAACCCUUCAGGUGAACUAGUUCCAUGCGAUGGUUAACAUGCAGUAACCCCAAAGGACAACGCAAUAGUUCCAUCUGAGUAUGGCAGUAGCAACCUACAUGAGGGACAGGCGCGUUUUGACAUAAAAGAAGACAAGGAGAAAUAUCCAGCGAGAUGAAGCAUUAUUUCAUAGCAGGGUUGGGGAAACCGAGGUACCCUCCUGAUGUGGUUGGAUUCUAGCUCCCAUCAGUCUCAGUCGCCAUGGCCAUUUCGUCAGGAAGGGUGGGAAGUGUUGCUCAGCAACGUUUGGAGGGCUGCGAGUUCCUCAACUCUACUGUGCAGAGAACUAUGUGUGAGAUUUCAGACAGCAGGGCAGACGUCAUGGGUGUGUGUAGCAUCCGGGUGGCGAAAGCUACAGAUCAAAGGCUCUUUCGCUUGGUCUAAUGGAUAUAUCAUCCUUUUGCGUAUAGUUGCAGCCAGAUCCAGGAGAGCAAGAACACAUAAUGAGUCAAAGGGGAUUGCAUCAAGAAAUGAGGGGGUAGAUAAAAAACAAUUUUAAGCUGAGGGCACUUGAGAUGUAUGAAGCAAAGACAUGAAGAAGCAAGGCAUGCUGGCAUAUACAAAGUCUUCGUUCUCACUUUAUGGCUCCCUGGGGAACGAAGGAACCCCUUAACACCAGUAGAGGCAUUAGAAAUGGUAGAUGCUAAAGAACAGAAUGGCUAAUGAAAGGUUGGGUGGAUGGUAACGGGGCAUGGAUCAAAGCUACCUUCCCCUAAACUAAACUUGUUUCUCCUUAUGCCUAGGGCCCACGUGGUCUUCCCGGUGAGAGAGGCCGCCCUGGACCUUCUGGCCCUGCUGUAAGUACAUUGUUUUGUCUUGUGGGACAUAUUGUGGGGCUGGAUGCAACUGGUACCAAGGCAUCCUUGGUGUAGCAUCCUCCAGGUCUGGUGUGGCCUGGAGAGAUGGCAGUAACUGAAACGCCUUUCUCCCCCUCUUGUUCACCACAGGGUGCUCGUGGUAAUGAUGGUUCCCCCGGUGCUGCUGGCCCCCCAGUAAGUAUUCCUGCAACCUGCAGUUUCUUCUCUGCUUAAGUGAUGAUUAUUUUCCUGUGGAGAGGGUUUGUCCUGCCAGACAAACAUUGGCCGUUGCCAGACUCCAUAUCCUAAAUGGGAAUUUGCAGGACAACACACUCUGUAAUUAAACCAGCCAUGGGAUGGAAGGCCUUGACUCUUGUUUCCCUUUCCCUGGCAUUUUAAAUCGCAGACCAAACCUCUGGCCAUUGCUGGGGUGGAGUUGGCCAGUGUUAAGAGGUUGCUAAUUUGGGACUCCAAGGAAAAUGCUAUAAUUGCCAUUGCUUUCUUUCUUUCAGGGCCCCACUGGUCCAGCUGGUCCCCCUGGCUUCCCUGGUGCCGCUGGCCCUAAGGUAAAGACACUGGACGACACUGAUGCUCAGAAGCAAUUGUUUUGUAUCAGGAACAUCAAAAAUUGUUGGGUUUAGACUCGAUCAAUAUCUCAGGUGCCAGUCCUCAUGCAAGCCAACAUUGCACCAUCAGUGCAUAAGAGGGAGGUAUCAGGAGGCUUAGGAGAAUCCCAGUGUUUGCAGGUGUACAAAAAUAUUUAGGGGGAAAUUCUUAUAGGUAAAAAUAAAGUAAAAAUACCAACCGAUAAUGACUGUGCAGACUCGGCGCAGAAUGAUAAGAGACUGUUGGGGUGUGAAGAACAGAAAUCUGGGCAGGUGAUGAAGUAGAAUGGAGUAUCUGGAAUCGUGGACAGACUGCAACAUUUUGUUGCAGAUCCCACUUGUCUUCUUGAUUCCUCAGUCUAUUGUUAAUAAUAAUAAUAAUAUUUUUAAAAGGGGGGAAGGGGAGAGACAGUCUUCCCCUUCUUAGACGAAAAGCUCUGUAGCACCAGCUCUAGAUGAACUAUUUCUUACCAAACCAGCUACAAGCACCUUAGUCUUCUGUGGGAAAGAUCACAGGCUAUUUCUGAAAAGCCAUGGCCCUCAUAAUGAUUUCAAAGGCUCUCCUCCCUCCGAGUCUCUGUAUUCCCUUAUAGCUCUUCAUUCAAGAAUGGAGGGUGACACAUCUACAUGGGCCAAGUUCUUAAAUUCCAUUGUAGCCUUAUGAGGCUACACCAUGAGUGGUAGCUUUUCAUCCUGCCCAGCAAUGUCUGAAGCUUAGAGGCUACUUGAGAGGUGCCCGCAAUGUUGCUUCCCGUUCCAGCCUCUCUUUCACACACAACAGGCAAUGAUGGUUUGGGAAGGAAGCCACCGCAUUGCUAAACCUCCAGGGUGGCCUAUGGGUUUCAGGUGUUCCCAGAGCAGCAAGAUGGAAGUCUGUAAAGGACUAGUGACUGCCAAGUUCCUGCAGCAUAAGCACUUAGUGUUAGACCCCAAAGAAGCUGUAGCAACAGCCCGCCUCAAGAGGACCAAGUAGUGUGCUUCAGGUGGCAGGCCUCAAACCUCUUGAUUUCUGAGGGACAGGGUGGCAAAGGAAGGCCUGAGGCAUUGUAGUACUGAUCCAACGAGGCAAAACUGUGAAGCCUCAGAAGGGCUUGGUGUGGGAUGGUGUAGUUUGACAGGGAGACGCUGCCACCAUACCUGUGGAAGAGUACUUAUGUCCCUUGUUCUUUUUUCUCUUAUUGCACAGGGUGAAACCGGUCCCCAAGGUGCUCGUGGUAGUGAAGGCCCACAAGGUGCUCGUGGUGAACCUGGUCCCGCCGGUCCCGCUGGCGCUGCUGGUCCUUCUGUAAGCUGCACUACUUGCCGAUUUUGGGCUUUUGUCGAAUGCGCUUCGGGAGUUUCUAAGGAGCAUCAUCAUAAUGACUCUUCUCUCCUCCUUCUCCUCUGCUUUAGGGCAACCCUGGUUCUGAUGGUCAACCUGGUGCCAAAGGUGCAACUGUAAGUACCCUCCCAUCGCUUUUCUUGUCUUCUCCAAUGCCUUCCUUUCCCUGUUGCUUCACCAGUGUUGCUCUUUUCUCCUAGGGUGCUCCUGGAGCUUCUGGCGCCCCUGGCUUCCCCGGUCCUCGCGGCCCAGCUGGACCUCAGGGUCCCAGCGGCUCUCCUGGUCCCAAGGGUAACAGCGUAAGUCUCACCUGAUCUCCCCUCACCUUUUGGCUCGUCAUUUAAGCCUGCCUUCAGAGGUCUUUGAAGAAAUUAGAAAUAGAGGCAUCUGGGUGGGUUAUCCAGGGAAUCCAGACUUCUUUAGCCUAACUGGGAGAACGCAAGGAGGAGCCUAACAUAACAUAAUUAAUUCAGAAAAUACCACCCUCUGCAUAUCCUCUCUGGACUGUGCUUGUUUAAUAGCUAAAGCACUGUUUCUUAGUCUUUUUCAAACCAUGACCUCCAAUACUACCAAUAAUACCAGCUUUCCUGCCUUGGCAUCAUAUAAUACACUGGGUUUUAAAAUUCUGAAAAUGACAGUAUUCCAGAGCAGCUAGAUUUGUGUAGCAGGUAGGAUAAAGGUAUCAAAAUGGUAGGCGAUGGUGUACAAAUCUCUUUUUUAAGGGUAGCAGUAUCCAAGAUUAUUUAGCAGGGCGCGCCUUCUACCAAACCCCAUUGUUAACUCUCAUAUGGUGGAGAUUUACAUUGAGUUGCAUGUUCACUAUUACAUUCUCAAGUUCCCUUUCCUUGACUCUGCUUCCUAUAAACCAGGCCUAGCCAGACUUGGCCCUCCAGAUGUUUUGGGACUACAACUCCCAUCAUCCCUAGCUAACAGGACCAGUGGUCAGGGAUGAUGGGAAUUGUAGUCCCAAAACAUCUGGAGGGCCAAGUUUGCUCUAACCUGUCCCUUCUAUUCAGGGCCCAAGCCCAAAAUCACAUGCAUCAGCAUCUUAUCAAAUCUCUUCCUCUGUGGAUUGUCAGCCUGGAUAACUCUACUGGUUGCAUCAUGGUGCUGAUAACUCCAAGGCUUCAGGUUCGAUCCCUGUAUGGGACAACUGCAUUGCAGGGGGUUGGACUAGAUGAUCCUCAGGGUCCCUUCCAACUCUGCAGUUCUAAGUCUUGAUAACAGAUGCAUGUUGAAAGCCAUCUCAGAGAAGCCACAUCCCCUUGUUCUCUCGUAGAAAAAAGGAUUCAUUCUUGCCUUCCUUGUGCUGAAUGAGUUUGUGAUCAUGUUGUUUUCUGUCUCUUUAUAUGCGUUUAGGGUGAACCCGGCGCUCCCGGAAACAAAGGAGAUACUGGCUCUAAAGGCGAACCCGUAAGUAUCCCUCUCACCUGGGAUGUAGUUCUAAAACGGUGCAUCUGUUCUUGUUUCAUUUUCACUUUUGUUAACGCUUGCCUCUCCUUCCUUUUAUCUUCCAGGGCCCCGCUGGUGUCCAAGGCCCCCCUGGUCCACCUGGUGAGGAAGGCAAGAGAGGAUCUCGUGGUGAGCCUGGACCCGCUGGCUUGCCUGGACCUGCUGGUGAACGUGUACGUACCAACGUUGUUCUCCAUAUUACUGCCCUCUCGAACCAAAACUAGUCUCUCCUUAACUGUGGGCAGCAAGAUCACACUCUCUUAGCAAGCAGACUAAUUUGUGCGCGGACCAUGUAUCUGUCUAACAUACUCACAGUACAUUAUUAGAUUAGUUAGGAAUUGCUGGGUCAAAUUACAAAUGAAAGCAAAGCAGUCUGGAAAGGCAGUCUCAAGAAGCCUCUGUGAGUCAGAGGAGAGCUAUUCUGCAGGGAAAAGCUGUUGCAAAAAUAGAGUGCGCUGCAGCACUUCAAAGAAAACUGAAUCUGCAGAUGCUUUUGCCACUUAUUAGGAACUGCCUCUUAAGGUGUCUAAGAUGUGAGCCCAAUUGGUACCAUGUGUUCACCGUGGAGUGUUUUAAACCCACGAGGAAGCACUGUCUAGGCCUGGAGGUGGGCAGAACAUUGCUGUCCUUUUCACUUAACAGAUCACUGCCUUAAAAAUAAUCCACGGCUGAAUUUAGAAAAAGAAACACCGUCAUUCUUUUCUGUUCUCAAGUUGAAAUCCCAGGGGAGUCCCACGAGAAUUGAUUUCAUACAGAGAAAUAAAAAUACUGAGACCUUUGAGGUCAAAAGACCACUGCAAUAUAGCCAGGUCAUCAGUUGUGUUUUGAACUUCAAACAUUUGAUCAAAUCCAAACUUCCCUCUCACUUAGACAGUUUUCCUUGUUUACUUAUGUUUCUUUGCUCCCUCUUAUAAUAUGCCAUCCGGUACUUUCGCUUGAGUUACCUGCAACUCUUUGCACACCUUUUCAGCCCCUGAUCUCUAUUUGUGGGUUGUGUCUUGCUGCUUUGAGAUGGGGUUGGCAGGUGUGGGAUCCUGUCUUCAACCUGGGCCCUAAACUAGGAUUCUGAGAUUCUUGAGAUUAUCCUGAAUCUGAAUUUACUUUCUUUGAUCUGCAUGUGAUUCUGCCUUGUGGGAUUUGUAUUUUUGGUCCUUUCUGGCCAAUCGAUGUUUAUUUUCCCUGUCCACUUUGAUGGGAGAAACCAGCGCUGUGUAUAUGACAUUAACCUGUUCUCCUCCUUACCAUUCACAGGGUGCUCCCGGAAGCCGUGGUUUCCCCGGAUCUGAUGGCAUUGCUGGUCCCAAGGUAGGUUCUAGUCUCCUCACGCUGUCACUGCCUUCUCUACAGAAUGAAAGGUAUAAAAAUAAUGGCCUCUCCAUCCAUUGGCAUCACUCCAAUGGGCUGAGGUGGGAAGCCUCAGAUAAGGCUCUGGGAAUGUGGGUCAAGGCAGAGACAGUUAAACCAGGGAGAGAUGGAAUGUUCUCUUAGUAGAAAAGAGCCUGGAGCAAUCUCAAAUGCUACUGAAUAUUAUUUUAUUUUUGCUAGCUGUUACCUACAUUAGGAAUAGUUUAAAUGAGUUAAAUGGGGGAUGGAAAGAAAGCCUUCUUCCUUGGAACUCCCCUUAAUCUCAGGUGGCCUGAGCAGAUUUUCACAACGUUGAGAAAUGGCACUCUGCACAUGUUCUAAUGCUAUCAAAACAUGACUAGUUCUCGAUUUCUUUCAUUUCUUUCCUGCCCUGCCAAUGCUGAUAGUAGGGCUAGUGAAAGUAAAAACAUCGAAAAUAGCAAUUUUCUUUUUUUAAAAAAUUAAAAAAUAAAGCUUCCAGCUUGAAUUAACUUCAUACUACUCCCAUUUUAGAGGUGGGUGCUGAGUGGGAAUUUGGCCAAGCUUCUGCUGAAUAAGUUUGUGGCAGGCAUGUGCCCAGAUCUCUAAGAUGGAAGUCUAAUUGUCCAGCAAAUGUAGAAAUCUAAGGAGCUCCUUUGCACUAAGUGAAUCUGCUUUCCACCUCCCUCCAAAACUCCCUGAAGGAGCUGGGUAGUCUUGUGGAAAUUUAUAGGGGCCAGCAAGAGUUGCCUAAUCAUCUGAGAGCAUCACACGUCAUCCCUUUUGAAGACACUGCAGCCUCAUCCUCAAGCCCCCAGAUGAGUUGAUCAUUGCUCCCAGCUCUUGCUUAACAACACCAGUUGCUUUCAUGUCUUCCCACUCCUGCAGUCCCACGGGCUUUCUUGAGCUUUUUUCUAUUCUUUUUUUAAAGGCACCAGAUCUUGUCUGGAAGCCAGCUGUAGUCCCACCAACUCACCCACCCUUUGCCCUUCCCAGCCCAGCAACAUUUCAUUAUUAUAUAUCACACUUUACUAUGUUCUCACGUUCUGGAAUUCUCCAGCAUGACCUCAAACCACUCACAUAUGCUCAUCUGGCUAAUGGAGAACCAGAGCCCCAGUAGUUAUUGCUCAUAUUGUUGGGUUUGGGACUUUUUUAUGGCUCAUAUCUUAUAUUUUCUGCCCAUGAAGAUUAAGCCAUCCACACAGAAUCAGGCAGCCUGGUGUUGGUCUCCUUCCCUUGCUGUCCUCCUAGUGGUGCAGCAAUAAAACUGCUAGCACACUUGCAAAGCUAAGCAGGGUCCGGUAUGGUUUCAAAGUGGAGGGGAGACCACGUGCUCAGAUUCCUGCAUUGCAAAGGGGUUGGACUAGAUGGCCCUCGAGGUCUACAGUUCUGGGAAUCUUAGAUUGAGCUCUGAUAUAACAGCCUUCUGAACCAGAAGAAGAUGAAACAAUGUCAGCAUUUACCUGCAGUGCUUAAUGGGAUAACUUGACUGCUUUUCCUCUUCCAGGGCCCACCUGGCGAGCGUGGCUCUCCCGGCCCUGCUGGUCCCAAAGGAAACACUGGCGAAGCUGGACGCCCUGGUGAGCCUGGUCUCCCUGGAGCCAAGGUGAGUGGAUUGCAAGAGAUCUGGCAGAAGUGCAAAGGCGAUCUGGCCACAUGCUUUCCUGUUAGGCCCUGGGCAGUGGGGAAUGAGGUGCAUUCUGCCAGAAGCUCCCAUGCCCUAGAGAGGAAUUGAAAAACAAACUGUGUUAGGUAAUCACAAGCUCCCCUUGUUGUUAUAGUAAUUGCACCUAGAAAAUAACAUAGGACUUUGAAGUAUGCAAAGGACUUUGCACUCCCUGUCCUAACAACUUGGUAAGGAGCAGAGGCAGAUUUCGGGCACCACGACCGGUUCUGCCACACUGGGCGCUGAGCUGGGGGGCAUCGCAAAUAUGACAUAGUGAAUUGAGCAGAAUGGGAGGUGAGGGCCAGGGGGCACCAAAUUGUGGCCUUGCUGCAAAAAUUUGAAAGACCACCCCCGCAAGGAAAGUCUGCAAUGGUCCCAUUUUGCAGACAGGGAAGUGAGGCUGAGAAAUGCAUAAGUGAAUUGAAAGGAGGAAGACUUUUGGCGACAGGUUUUAGUGUCCUCUUUUGGCUGUUCUUUUACGGAAGGGUCAUGAUGGGAUAAGGGUAAGAAUUUGCCCAGUUAGAAUGCGGGUAAUGGAUGGCAUUGUGACACCCUGUAGCUCCCUAUGUGAUCCUUGAUUGGUAAGGGUCAUUUCUGGAAGCAGAAAAAGCCCUUAAAGAAAUAGCAGCAAUGUGGGGAAGCAAUAGCUGCAAACAGCACCAUCAAAGUAAAUGCAAGGAGUUUUUAGGGGGAAAUUCAGCCUCCCUGAACACCCCAUUUUUGCCAAGAACAUAUUCAGAGGCAAACGUUCAGUGCAACCCUAGAAAGACAUGACUUGCCCAAGGGCACUAGAAAAUUAAAUACAGCAUUGUAAAUUUAACUCGGGGGCUUAUUAGCCAAGCUGAAAUACCCUUCUUACUGGGUCACACAAGCUCUCAAAUCCUUCCUUGCUCAGUGAUUUGAACCCUGCGUUCUACGCCCCCCACUUCAAGAUGCAAAGGGGAUCAUUAUGCCCAUCUAUCUAAUGCAUCGAUCUACCACUUUCUCCCAUGAGCUCAGGGCAACUUAGAACAAAAUUAAAAUCGGAUUUUUUUAAAAAAACAUGCACCAAUUAAUCUGAAAUAAAACAAAACCAGAAGGAGGACAAGAAAGCAGGACUCGAACUGGAACUGAUUUAAGAGAAACCAGCAACCCCUAGAAUUUUUUUGGAAACAAAACAAAAGUCUUCCCCCGCCCCCUUAUGAAAAAAAAAACACCAACUGCAAGGGACACAUUGGAUUUAUUAGCUACUCAGAUAUUCUGUACAGCUGGAGACUAUUUAAGGGAAGGGCGAGGGCGAACACUUCCAGAAGGGGUUCGCAAAAGCUGUAAAGAAGCAUUUAGGAGAACUGGGAAUCAUUCACAAAAGAGAUGCACAAUAAGGGGUUCCUAUGACAAACAGAUGUUUUCAAAACAGGGGUUGUAGAGCAUUUAGGAAUGACUGUGCUGAAUGGGGUGGCAAAGACAGAGCAAUCCUACCUUACCCUUUCUAGGUCACAAACCCUCGUUGUUAUUGACCAAAGGAUGUUUCCUAACUCACCUUCCUUUCCCCUCCCACCUGCAGGGUCUGACUGGUAGCCCUGGAAGCCCUGGCCCUGAUGGCAAGACUGGACCCACUGUGAGUAGCAACAGGAUGGCAUUCUUCAUUGUUUUACUUUGCUCAGAAAUGAAUUGUUCUUUUAAAACACACACACACAAAAACUUACGGGCUUUUUUGUCUCCUAAUAGGGCCCCGCUGGUCAAGAUGGCCGCCCUGGACCUGCAGGUCCACCUGGUGCAAGAGGUCAAGCUGGUGUCAUGGGAUUCCCUGGACCUAAAGGCGCUGCUGUAAGUAACUGCUUCCUUUCCCUGAAUCUUACACUCCCUUGGAUGAAAAUUCAAGGAUGGCAAAAUCCAGCUUUCUCCUCGCAGUGCCCAGUCUUUGCUUGAAGUUCAGCUUGCAGUGUUGCCAUGAAAAUGGCAGAACUUCAUUUCAGAACUUCCUGAAAUGGCUGCCUUCAAGUCUUCAUGAAAUAACGGCUGGCAGUGCCUGUAACUGCAAGCUCCUUCUAGCUGCCCUCCUUAUGUUUUUGAGCAACUAGAGGGACAAAAAAACCCCCAAAACUCUGGGUGUUCAUAAAGACCUAAAUUGUUGGUCAUUUCUGUUCUUCAUUGUGAUUCUGCAUCUGCUGUUACUGCCAUGGGGCAUCAGCAUGGUUUCAUGGUUUAGAUGGCUCCCUUUCCAGAACUGAAUCUUCAGUUCUUGUAUUGGACCUUAGAAUUAAGCAGAUCAUUGCAGUGAUUCUGUUCUGGGUAUGUGGUAAAUCAGUUGCAGUCCAGCGAUUCAGUGUGAGCAGUGGGCACACAAGACAAGUUAUGGCUCCUUGUUCAUUAUUGUUUUGCAACAUAAAGCUACCCUUCAGCCAAAAAUCAUUCCCAAGAAUGCAGCAACAUGCAGGCGCUGUGGUUUCCCCAUAAAUGGUUGUAUCCAUUUGUGGUCCAAAUUUUGAACACAGCAUACACAUAACCUGGAUUUGACUCGUUCUAGUAUUACCCGAAGAGUGCAAUGGAGUUCCACUGCUACGAAUAUCUUCUUGCUCACUGCUCGUCAAGUUGUCAAUCCUGUCUCUGAAAUGACCCCCUUUGUCCCCUUCUUCUUCUAGGGUGAGCCCGGUAAACCUGGCGAGAGAGGUGCUCCUGGACCUACCGGUGCUGUUGUAAGUAUUUUGCUUAAUGCCCUCUGCAGCCAGGUUCAGAUAUGGCUUUGCACACAGGGAUUUUUAGAUGAAAGCAAGAAAUCUUGGGCACUUGUUCGCUAUAGCAAGCCCUGUGGCAGCAAGGAAAUGGAUUUGACACCAAGACACUAUAUAGAUGUCAGGGGCUGGUCUGGAUCAGAAGACUGGGGAAUGCAAAUGCAGGGAGAUCAGUUCCCAACAGAAGAGGAGGGGAAAUAUUUGACCCCGCCUGCUUCCAGCGUUUCCAGAAGCAGAGAGACAGGCAGAAACAGAAGCUGCAUAGUUAGAGAGGAGCUACCCAGUUAUGAGAUAGUAGCUAAGCAACCAGAAGGGAGGGAGCAGCUGGCCGAUACAUCAGUCGAGAGUGGGGGGACGACACCCUCCCUCCCCCCAAACUCGGAGGUCUGAUCAUGUCAGAGACGCGGGGGGGGGGAUGACUUCCCGUUGGCACACUUCUUGCUGCAGAAGUGGGGAGGAGUCAGAGUAGGCAACUGAUAUCCUUCUGGAGGGUUGCCUGCUUGUGCUGGUAACAGAAUGCUGUAAUAAAAGGACUAGAAAUCUACCAAACGCUCGUUAAUUCUUAUCGGUGAGCCACCGGAAGGGAGAGGGGAACUCCCGUACUUGACAAUAGAACAUAGAAGUGAUCACAACCCUAGCUUUCAAUCUAUGUAACAGAGAAGGCUGAGAGCAGAGGGAGAGGUUGGGGACAGAUACAUUUGUCCUGGGCCUUUAUCCCACAAGCCAGUCAGAGAGCAGUGGAGGAGCAGGCAAGGCAAAGCUCUGGGAAGCCUUUACUAAGGACAAAUCACAGAUGAGAUGCAUUUGUGUGGAGAGUCACACAAAGAAGAGUAGCGCAGACAUUAGAGGCUGCAGGUUUGACAGUGGUAUAGAGUGACAAGGAAGUCAAUGCAAUGAAUUCAGAAGAUCUGGACACAGGAGUAGAAAAACAAUGGAGUGCUUUCAAUGUAGACUGUUCUCCGAAGAGUCCAUCCAGAUACUCUCAUCUCUGCCUUUUUGAUCCUCUUCUCCCUUGCAGGGUGCUCCUGGUAAAGAUGGUGAAACUGGUGCCCAGGGACCCCCUGGCCCAAGUGUAAGUAUGAAUUCUUCCCUGAUCCCACUUUCUGUACCAUUGAUGGCUAUUGUAGGAAACCACUUUUUGAAGCCUACCAACCUUUGAACUUUCCUUUGCUUCUCAUCCUAGGGCCCUGCUGGAGAAAGAGGUGAACAAGGUCCCGGUGGAGCUCCCGGAUUCCAGGUAAAAAAAAAGCUUUCCAUGAAUAGAGGCACAUACAGAACUGUGUGUGUAUUUUCUGCCGCAGCAAAACUCCAAAUUUGGAAGCCGGCUGGAUGGGGAAGAAACUUCAGGGAUAGCAAUAAACGUUGCAAACAUAGUAAAUUUCUGCAUUUUGCAUGCUUAAACCUGCUCCUUUGCUUCAGGUUUUCAGAUUUCUUUGCAAAUUUUCUGGAAGGAGUGGGAGGCAACAGUAUAAUAGUUUGACGGGCACAACAUGCAAAUAUGUUCUUCAAAUCAAGGCUUUGAAGAAGAAAAAAGGAAAGCUGGGAAAUUUAACUAUGCAGAAACCAUGACAACAGGCAUCAAUGCCUGUGCUUGUGCACACACACAAAAUAAUUGUGGGUGAUCAAAUUGUAGGAUAGAUAUAGCUAAGCUCUUUGAAAAGCAAGAUUUCAGUUCCCAAUCUAACACCUUCUCCAUCUCUGGUUUUCUCUUACAGGGUCUUCCCGGUCCUGCAGGUGCCCCUGGUGAAUCUGGAAAGCCUGGUGAACAGGUAAGAAAUGAGGCUGCACAUAGAGAAAUGUGAAGAAGAGACUGGGUUCAGAGAUAGGUAGUUUAGGGUCUGAUCUGAGCUUGCUGGCUCCCCAGUAAGCCUCGCUCCACAUAUAGAUAUGGCAUUUGCAUCUGCCUUCCUGAAUACCUUCAGACAGAAUGCAGUACUUACACCAUACUAUAGAAAGACGUAAGGAUACCUUGAGGAGAACCGGAUGGUCAAGCUUCUCCCCACUUAGCUUCUUCUGCUCGGUUAUUCACAAUCUGCGUGCACACACACAGCAGGGUGAGGUUUCUCCUCCUUUGAAUAGCUGGAGGGAAUUUCAGCAGGCAAAGUUUGCUCCUUCCUUUCAGGACCAUGCCACAGCAAGCUUAGAAUCCCUUAGCUCGGGUGGCUUUCUUUAGAAAGGCUUCAUCCACUCCUUGCAAAAAAACCAGUACAGUGCUGGUGCUGAAUCUAUCCAGCAACAUUCUGAGAACCACGCACCCUUUGCAUUGAAUGAAUUGGAAGCUGUGCAAUCACAGCAGAGUCCGUGCCAUGCCUGCUUUUUGUAUGAUGCAUUUCUCAUGCUCCCUUUGCAAAGCCAAUGGACUUCCAGUUGAUUGGCCAACAAUAAAAAUCCAGAGCACCUGCAAAGAAGUAUAUAGGGAGGGCGGGAAGGAAAUAUUUUCCUUUUGCAUGGCCCAAUGGCCAUAGAAACCUCCCAUAUUGUAGGCAACAGAUCUGUAUCUCCCCCAUGUCCUUCUCCUACUAGAGAUAGGAUUGAUUGCUUGGACUAAAACUGGGAUUUCAGGCAUUCAAAGCACUGUAGAUACUUGAUGCUUCUUGUUCCUCAAGGGGACGUUGUCUCAGCGAGGUGAAGAGAUGCUGAAACGAGUGGAGUCCUUAGUUUAGGCCUAGUGACUCUUUCAGUAAGCCAUUGGAUUGGGCACAACUUGAUGAUUCAGGAGCCCGUAAUUUAUGCUAAUAUUCUGUGGCUGAAGUUGGCAUUUAAAAAGAGUCCAUCUUCAGAUCCUGUCCACUCAUGUUUCCAACAUGCGGUUUUGGAGAAGCCGUCAAGGGAGGUUUACAAUGCAUACCUCCUGAAGUGUUUCCUGCCAAGCAGAAGAGAAUAGCUAGAUGCUUCUCAUUGUGCUGUCCACUUUCCUCCAUGCUUUCAUAUGCUAGAGACCCUGCCCACAUCAUGCAAAUCCUGCCACUUCAGACUUGAGCUGUUCCUUCUGGAAUUCCAUAGCUCAAAGGGACCAUAAGUCCACAUAGUCCUCAGCCGUGAAGCAGCAAAAUUCAUCCCCAGUGCUGCACAGCAGAACCAUCCAUCAGCCCCAUCUUGGAUUACCUAUGACACCUGGAUGCCAAAGAUUCAUUAACCAAUGAUUUUUCUUCUUCUGAUAGGGUGUUCCUGGUGAUGUUGGUCCUCCUGGUCCCUCUGGUGCAAGAGUAAGUGAAGAUCUUCUUCUCCAUACUGGUCUUCCAUAUGUAUUUUCAUUGGUCCGCUGCUGUUUACUGUGAUGCGGGCGUUCUAACCAGAUCUCUUUCCUCCCUCUAGGGCGAGAGAGGUUUCCCCGGUGAACGUGGUGUCCAAGGCCCCCCAGGUCCUCAGGGUGCCCGUGGUUCUAAUGGUGCUCCUGGUAACGAUGGUGCUAAGGUAAGGGUGCAUGAUAGGAUGUAGUCCAUCGCUUAUUAUUAUUCAUGUCCUUUAUCUUCCUUGAAAAUAUCUUGCAUGACAAAUAUAAAAAUCAGUCUUGGAUGCUUGGGAUUUUUUUCAAAUGAUCAGAGUUAGGUUUUGAGCCACGUAGGCAACAAAACAUCUAUAAUUCAAGAGGUGAAGGAAACAAUCUAUGCCUUCUGAAGCAUCCCCUCACACCUCCUGUUUUCUCAACAAAGGUGAUGUACAGUGCUCACCAGCUUAAGACAGAGUGGGACCACCUGUAGUAUUCGGGGUCCUCUUAUGAGCUUAUGGAACUUGAUAAUAGUGCAUUUCCACACACACAGAAAGAGAGGUUAUAAGGAUAUUGGGCAAAUCAGGAGUAGAGGCCCACAGCUGAGCUGUUUCAUUUCACCAGGGUUGGGCUAAGUUUUGGAAUCCAACCAAGCAUCUGCCAUGAAGCAGGACACAGCUUCGAUUCUGCUACCUUAUUACGUUAGCCAGACCACAUGGGACAAGCUCUGGGACCUUCUUUCUCUUUUCAGAACCUAUAGGCACAUUUCACUCCAAGCAAGGCAACUUUUGCACCCUAAAGCAAAUAAGGAAAGUAAUGGAUUUGCCUUGGCAUGGGCACAUUCAGGAAUCCUGUGCCUGUUCCUUAGUAUCAUCUACCCAAUCCCUCUGAAUCAUUGCCUUCCUGGGUGCAACAAGGCUCUUCUUCCCUAGCAUACAGACUGAAAAUCUGAAAAAAUAAAUAAAUGUUGUUUUGCAAAUGUGUAUGAGACAGACAGACAGAAUUCAGAAGGGAUUAGGUGCUGCCAUCUAUGCUGGGCCUGGUAUCUUAGCUCUGUUUCUGAUAUGUGUUUGUUUGUUUGGCUCUGCUCCUCUAGGGUGAUGCUGGUGCUCCUGGUGCCCCCGGAAACCAAGGUCCCGCUGGCCUUCAGGGUAUGCCUGGCGAACGUGGUGCUGCUGGUCUGCCUGGUGCCAAGGGAGACAGAGUAAGUAUCUGGUCCUUGGAAACAAUGCCAUCAAAAUGGCAGCUCACUAACUUAACCGACCUAUAAAGAAGGCAAACAAGCAAACAACAACGGCAACAGCCCCCUGACUCUUCCAAAUAUAACCCUCCAGUUAGGAGGCUUUCCCAACUUCUCCUCGUAUCUCUCUCCAGCCCGCUUUCACGACGAACCACCAUUACUGCAACUGUGCAGAGAUAAUCUUGACACAGAUCCUCAUGCCCACAGGUUCAUAUGAGGGUCAUAGGGGGCCAGUGGAUGGAAGACUUAAUAAAAACAGGAGGUCACUUGCAAGGCUGUUGCUGUUUUGCAGGUGGGAUUUACCUGCGCGCCAACAAACUCAGACUGUGCAAUUGAAAUGCGUUUGGUGUUGUUUGGCAACACACCCACUUCCCUCCAAAACAGGACUUUUAGGUGAUAAAGAAAGUGAUAGGAAAACACACUGGGCUAUUGACUGGCUUUGUAACACACCAUUUCAAUUGGGUAGGAAGUUUGUGGAAAAGUAACAUCCGGAAUUGCCUUACACUGUGUCAGGGAACUGGUGCAUCAAGCUCAGUACUCUGUCUAUUUCAGCUGGCUACAGAGCUCCACCAUAUCUGGCUGAGAUAUUUCCCACUCCCAGCACAUGGGAUUUAUUUUAUUUUUUUAAUGAAAAAAGGGGGCAGAAAUCUAACCUAGGGCCUUCUCCAUCCAAGGCCUGUAAUCUGCCCCCAGACCUUCCUCUACUUGAAGUAGACUGCUGGCAGAAUCGUAAUGUGGGAAAUAAGGAACAGGAAGAUAAUAUUAAAUUCUGCUCGCUGGUAUUUAGAAACUCCCCUCCUUAAAAUAUCCAGUGGGCAGGCGACUCUUCCCUUCUGUAUGGCCAAAGCAAGAGGAUGGUUGGUGUAGCCCUCCAGAUGUUGCUGGACUAUAGCUGCCAGCAUCCCUGACCAUCAUCCAUGCUGGCUAGAAACUCAACAUCUGGAGGGGCACAGUUUCCCCACCUCUGGCUUGUAGGCUUUUGCCUUCAGGGUUGGAAUGAAGGGCAGAUCUCGGGGUGCUAUCCAGCACUUAGUCCUUCUUCCAUCAGUCUCCUUGAGAUAAAUUCCCUCGCGCCAAACUCGGCUUGACAUCCUAAUGCAGAUUCUGCUAGAUGGUCGGAUCUCUCCCAAGACCUUCAGAGAUGAGACACCUUGUAUCGCCAACAGAGAGUUCUUCCUCCCAGUUUUUGCACCAGCUUGUUCCUUUCGGUGCUUCAUGGUCUGCUCUGUUUCUCCUUCCUCCUAGGGUGACACUGGUCCCAAAGGUGCUGAUGGUGCUCCUGGCAAGGAUGGACUUAGAGGAUUGACUGGACCUAUUGGCCCACCUGGACCUUCUGGUGCUCCUGGUGACAAGGCAAGUGCUCCACUGACUUUAUGUACCUCUUUUCCAGAAAAAGGUCUAGUGAUCUCCAGUUGUCAGAUGUCUAGGUGCAUUUUCUGGCAUAUUAACAAAUUUGUGAAUGAGCUGGGAGCUAUUUGGCGUCUUCCGACUUGGGCUUUGAUGCCACUCCUUUGCAGAGCAUGCAGUGGAGAGGCAGUUGGCAACUCUUUCCUGACCAGGUGUUCUGAUGGCGUAGGGGUGCAGAGAUCCAACCUGGCCCUUUCUAGUCAGCUCAGUGUCCCUGCCCUGCAUGCUGAUGGCAAGAAUAGGGCAGCCAUGGGGACAGCCCCCUUUCCCAAGAAAUUCUAAGUAUGAGAAUCUCAGCAUUGUGUGCCCUUCAUCUGAAGCCCUCAAUCUCUAUGAGGUCAGCUGGGCUAGGCUUGGGCAGAGAGCAAGAGGCUAGUGGAAUGUCACUCUAUAUCAGAACCUUUCUAGCUCAUGUCCACAUGGACCAGAGCUGAUUUGACAGGGGCUAGUUUGAAAUUAAAACAGUGGCCAGCAACUAGAUUCAGUGAUAGGUCAAUCUGGAGUGGAGCACUGGGGGGAAGAGCUUAGCCCCUUCCUUCUCACCUUAUUCACUUGAUACCACCUGGACACCCAUCGCUGGCUGAGGCUACAACCUCCACAACAGCAUCACCAGGACACUGGAUGAAGGUUGUUGGCUGUGGAAAGAACACGUAGGGAGAAAGGGCUUCUUUUUGCCUGCAGAAUUGCAUGGAUGAGAGUGAUGGGCCGACAGGUGAUCAUCCGCAGGUCACAUUGUCUCAUAGGCCACCCUGACUACGCAGUUAAAGGAUUUUCCCAGCUCAACCUGCUAUAUUAUGUAUACCAUUUAGGGGUGCUUUCAGGUCCUACGAAUAGGCUAGGCUGAAAGGUAUGGACAUGACCAACCUUCUAGUCUCUCCUCUCCAGCCUCAUACAAUCCAAGCGCCAUUGAUCCAUCAACUUAGUACUGUCCACAAUGAGUGGCACCACCUCUCCAGGGUUUCAGGCAGGUAUCAGGGAUCAACCCUUUGGAGGACCUUUGCUUACAGAGGAUGUGCUCUACCACUGAGCUAUGAUCCUUCCCCAUCCGUCCCCAAUUUUGUUCUUCCAACCUGUCACUAAUAAGCUUUCCCCCUCCUGUUUUCAUACCAUAAAACUCAAUGGCUGGCUCUCGCUCUCUCUCUCUGCUAGAUAUGAAGGCAAACGGUUCAUGUUUUUCAAUUCACAUGUUGAACUUAGGCCUCCAUGCGAGGCAGUGAGUACAUGAUUAGAAAAAGAGGCAUUUAUCCAAUCUGGUGAGAGUAGCAAGGUAUAAGAGAGGAAUGUAACUAACCGGUAGGAUUCUGCAGCUUAGGAUCACAGAUUUGUAGAAUUGGAAGAAGGACCACAAGGGUCAUCUUGUGUUCAACCUUCUGUGAUGCAGGAAUCUUUCAUCCAAUGUGGGGCUCAAACAUACAACCCUGAGAUUAAGAGUUUCAUGCGCGACUGACUGAGCUAUGCAUCCUGGGUGUGGGUGGGUGUGCUUUUUUCCUACUUGUGUUACAGAGCCUUUUGUGGUUCCUCCUGGUUCCCUGGAGCUUAACCUCAUCUCUAUUUCUUUUCUUCCUCAACCAGGGUGAAGCUGGUCCUGCUGGUCCUGCUGGUCCCACCGGUGCUCGUGGUGCUCCCGUAAGUACUUUCUUUUCCAUCCUAGAAACACAGAAUUGUAGAGUUGGAAGGUACCCCAAGGGUUAUCCAGUCCAAACCCCCUGCAACGCAGGGAUCUCAUUCUUAUCACCUUCUCUCAUUCUUUGACCCUUCCUUUCAUCACCACUGACCAAAUGCAUUUGUCUCAUUUUCCUCCCCAGGGAGAUCGUGGUGAGCCUGGCCCUGCCGGACCCGCUGGAUUUGCCGGCCCCCCUGUGAGUAUGAUGACAAGUGUUCAGUUCUCAUCAAACUGUUGAUUCGUUGCAUGUUGGGUGUUGGGUGCAGGGUGGACAAUCCCUCCGUUUUGGUGCACAUUGUGGCAAACAAGCAGCAACAGUUGACAGGCAAGGUUUGCGACCAGAAGCACCUGUAGAUUGUUAUCAAGUGAUCUCUGGUAGGAGAAAGUUAUACGUUCCAGGCAUUGCAAUUCCUCAGUUAGCAGUGCUCAUAAAGUAAAGAAAAUAGUCCCAAUUUGGGGUAUAUUCAUAGAAUCAUAGAACUGUAGGGUUGGAAGAAACGCCAAGGGUCUUCUAGUCCAACCCCCUGCAAUCCAGGGAUCUCGGGUAAAGCAUCCGUGACAGAUGGCCAUCCAACCUCUGCGUAUAAACCUCCAAGGAAGGAGAGUCCACCACCUUCCCAGGGAGACCUUUCUACUGUAGAACAAUUGCUGUCAGGUUUUUGCUGAUGUUUAGUUGGAAUCUCCUCUCUUGUAACUUGAAGACAUUGAUUCAAGUCCUACCCUUCAAAGCAGGAGAAAACAAGCUUCCUCCAUCUUCCAGUGCUUGAGAUAUUUGAAGAUGGCUAUCAUACCUUCUCUCAGUCUCUCUCUUCUUUCCCAGGCUAAACAUACACAGUUCCUUCAACUGUUCCUCAUAAGGCUUGGAAGAACAAUUCGGUUCUCCCUUACCUUCCUCCUAACUACAGCAAUCAAGCAGGCAUUAAUUAGUGCACUGUUGGGGUGGCAAAUUCUACCCAGCAGUGCCUUUUUCAGUGCCUUAUGCCACUUUUAACCACUUUCACUGCCACCUUGAGGUCCUUUGGAGAACAAGGUAGGGUAUGAUUAAAAUAAAUAAAAUAGGAGCCCAGACAUCAAUCUUUCAUGUCCUACUUGAAUCCAUUUUAGGAGUAUUUUCCAGAACUGGGUGAACUUGAGUGUAGAGCCACUAAAGAACUGGGUCAGUCAAGAGAGUAAAUCACAAGUUGAUGUGGUUUCCAUGCUGAUUCUUGAUGACAUAUGGAUCUGCCAAUUGCUUUGCAAGUGCUCAUCCUCUUUGUCCUCCCAACAAAUCCUUUGAGGUUGAUUAAACUGUGAGAAAGGUGGUGCUUGAACCCAAAGCUGAGGAGUGGGCACUUGAACCUGGAUUUCCCCAUGUCCCAAGCUGAACUGCAACCGGGUUGACUCCACUAUGUAACUGAGAGAGACUGGGAACUGAAUCUCCCAAACCUGAUUGAGAACCCUCCUCUCCAUUUGCACCCUCCCUGUUCCAGGUUGUGCAAACCUUGCUUCUCAUGCUGCCUCUUCCUGUUUGAUUCACACCUGGCAGGUUAUCAGAAGCAAUGUGGUCCAACCUCCUCUGGCACAAUGAGAUCAUUUAGUCAGAUGUACUUGGAUGAUGCAGAGAAAGAUCCAUCAAUAUCUUCCAUCUUAAGUAGAUAUGUCUUUCCUUUUCCAUCCUUCACCACCACCUGCUCUGCUCUUACCUCCACAGGGUGCUGAUGGACAACCUGGUGCUAAAGGUGAACAAGGUGAUGCUGGUGCUAAAGGCGAUGCUGGUCCUCCCGGACCUGCUGGUGCCACUGGACCUCCCGGACCCGCUGUAAGUGACCCUCUUGUUGCACCCCAAUCUCUUCCGUGAACCCAUCACCUUCCAUCAGCCUUUGGCUUAACGCUGUCUCCCUCCCGCCUGUUGCAGGGUGCUGUUGGUGCUCCUGGACCCAAAGGUGCUCGUGGAAAUGCAGGACCCCCUGUGAGUACCUCCUUCUUCUGCAUUCUUAAGCUGGGUGCGAGUCAAAAAUGCAUUCAUGUUCAAAACUCAGAGUUUUCACAUCCUAAAGAAAUCACUCCCAGUUCAUCACCCUAGGACAUUUAAAGCAGAUCGUGGGAUAGAAAACUAAUGCAGCUCUCGGCUGCAGCAGUGGGCUGCAGAAAUAAACCAUAGAAGGGAUCGUGCAACCUCUGCCCAGAAAGAUCACAGUCUAUGCGAGGUGGGCAAGACAGGGCUCUUUAGCACCUGAUCCAAAAUAGUUAAUCGGUAUUCACAGCAGACCAGCUUCACCGUGGUGAGGAAAAGUCUCUGUGUAUGUUCAGAGGCUCUCACUAGCUAGCCUAAACCCAUCUAACACACAAGAAGGGGGAGGGGGAAUCACAUUCCAGAGCUUGCCACUGGCAGGUUUUAGGCUGAAAUUAAGCCCAAGCUGAUUGCAAUGCAAUUAACCUCGAUCACGUCAUCCAAACUGGUUUAGCUGCAUGAUGUAUGAGGAUCUCUAGCUGGUAGAAACAAAUAAUAAAAUAAAAUAAAAUUGGCACCCUUUUUCUGCAUACCCAGAAGCAGUAGUGACAAGAUGCUAGAAGAGCUGAGAUAUCAUUAUCUUUCUGUGGCAAGGAGCUUCGGCAUUGCAAAGAGGUUGCCGAACUGAGAAAUUAAGACGAAAUCCAUUGCAGGAUCCUACUAAGUGGGGAAUCUGUGUUAGAAUCACACGUACAGUUCCUGCUUGGUAGGGGAGGAGUUAUUGAAAAGGAACCUUCUCUUUCGUUCCUUUCAUAGGGUGCUACUGGAUUCCCUGGAGCUGCUGGAAGAGUCGGACCCCCUGGCCCAUCUGUAAGUACCCUCCCACAAAACACACACAUGCCGGCAUUGUGGGCAACAAUUUAGAAAGCUGUUACACAACCCCGAGGUAGCUGGUGGUGGGAAAGGAUGCUCAGUAGGAAGUUCCUUAGAGCCUACAUUAGAGGACCUACAAAGAUAUAUGUUGACUCUCUUGGCAGCAGAGAGGAUGGGAAAAGAGGGCCAUAAGGUAGAAAAGAUACAGAUUGAGAAUAGUGCUGAAUCAAUUCCUAUCUAAAUAUAUACAAUGGUUUUAGUCCGAACCAGAAGCAUUCCUUAUAGAAUUGGAAAAGUUGGAAGGGACCACAAGAGUGAUCUAGUACAACCCCCUUCAAGUAGUCUUUGUACAUCCACUUUUAUUUUUAUACUCCCAAGUUUGCAAACUGGAUAUCCAGGUUUCCCCCCAAAUUUUUAGCUCCAUCCCCCCCACAAUAAUAAUAAAAAAAGCCUUCAGACACAGCAGAAAUUGUUGGGCCUUAUGGAUUAUUAUGGCACACAAGAAUCUCUAAGUAUUUUUAUACCACUAUCUUAAUGGCCAUUCCGUCUUCGUGGAAUUGCAGCUGGGGAGGAGAGGCCAAGGGUCUUUUAGCAUUAAGUUCUCAGCAUCCUUGCCCAAUCUGCAGUCCACAGGAUUUGCUGGAGCAAACCAUGACAUUUAAAUGACACUGUCACAUAAGCAUGGGCAGGCUUUUCGUUUCAGUUUGCUCUGCUUGGAGCUGCACCUGAUUCGAAAUGCGGUGGCCCAAGCUUUUGGCUGUCUCUAGGAACAUGCAACCCAAUGCAAAAACUAGCUGGUGGGAUGGAAACUCCUCAUUCUCAGUGACCCACUAGAACCUCACUGGGGUGGGGUGGGGGUCCUUCCUCAAAGAUGCUUCAUUUCGGGUCACUGUUCCCAAACUCAACACACGGCCUGUGAGUGUCAUUGAUUUCCUUGUCCUCUUUUCUUUCCCCCCAAAGGGUAACAUCGGCCUUCCCGGCCCCCCAGGCCCUGGUGGAAAGGAAGGUGCCAAAGGACCCCGUGGUGAGACUGGACCUGCUGGACGCCCUGGUGAAGCUGGACCUGCUGGCCCACCCGGACCUCCUGGCGAGAAGGGCUCUCCUGGUUCCGAUGGACCUGCUGUAAGUAAAUGCCACCUCUUACCUUUCAUUCCUCUUGAACGGGAUUGCUUGAGCCAAAGUUGGGCGCCCCCUCCAUGGGGUUAUCUCCCUGUCGCAACAUCUGGCUCCCUGAUGGCAGCCCAGCUGCCAUGUUAACGAUUUCUCUGCCUUAAAUUGGCUCUGGAAUUUCCCACUGCUUGUGCAAAUCUUUAUGGCUGCACCUCUUCAGUGGCGAUGUUCUAGUGAGCAUCGUUGAAAUGCCACAUAAUGGCUUCCUACAUUAUAGACCAGAUCCAUUAGUUCAGAUUGUUGCUUGCCAAGUGUUUGGGUUUUUUAAUGUGGGAUGUGUUUCAGUGGAAAAGGUAGUCCUUGCCAUGCAUGGUCACACUUUGCUUAAAGAGAGCCUGAAGGAAAAUCCCCUAGCCAGCCAAGAUACAACAAGGUGUGGGCUCCUUUAGGCAAGGAUGGAAAGCCUCAUGGGCAUUACUCACAACGUAAAGUGGAGUCAGGACAUCCAACAGUUCUUCUGCUUCAAGCAAGCCCACCAUGUUCUUAUUUCCCAGCCUGUCUGGGGUCUUCUUUCUUCUUCGGUGAUCACUUGUAGCUGAGUAAGAUUGUCUUCCAUAAACACGGUUUAACAGUGAGUCUGUAAGUGACCUGGAGGCCAAUUCUGGAUCCACACGUCCUUCCACAGUGUCUGGGUUAUGCCCAGCUCGCCUCCAACCCUUCUGCAGUGCAGCAUAAUGCUGGCAAAAACAAAAUGUGUUUUUCCAACCAGGAGCUUCUCUGUUGACAUCUCAAGCUCAUGUCCGUUUUCCUCCUGUAGGGCGCACCUGGUACUCCUGGCCCACAAGGUAUUGCUGGACAGCGUGGUGUCGUCGGUCUUCCUGGACAAAGAGGCGAGAGAGGUUUCCCUGGUCUUCCCGGACCAUCUGUGAGUGCUCCCCUUCAGCUUUUCUCUGACAACUCUGCGCAGAAAGUCUGUGUUCAGUUUCCUUCUGGGGCUGGUGUUUGUGGGCUGGGGAACAGCGAGGAAAUUUUUAUUUGAGGGGGGAAUGUUUCUUAAGUGGACUCAGCCACAUAGAAGGCUGAAAACGCAAGGAUACAUAAAAGCAAAAUAGACACACACACCCCGAGUCUAACUGGAAUAUAUGACCCAAGUAUACCCAGCGCCCGCAAUUAGAAGUUUAGUUAUCAAUUGGCAAAGCACUCAAUUGCAUCAACUCCAAAGGUGCAAGAAUCUAGCUAGCUGAACAGGUCCUCCUUCAGACCUGUGAUCUGUCCCAGCAGUUGCAGCAGCAGUGCACCAUGCCUCCUCCAGCCCAUUUACACCACCACCUCAGGACAUGGUGCAUGCAAGCAACCAGUGACUUUUCCUGCGUGUCAUGUCCGGCUGCUCCUGUCCCUUCAAGCCCCUCCUCAUCCUUGGAGACCGUGCAGGAGGGGACAGAGGAGAUUCGAUUCCCUGCAGCUGUUCCCCUGUCUCUGACUGCCCAGCCUCUUCCUUUCCCCGCUGCCUCAUUGGUGGCACAGAAUGUCACAAAUAACUGGCCCUUCCCCUGGAUCAUUCUCCUGCCCUGCUGCCUCCUCUGCCCAUCCCUUCAGACUCCUGCCUCUCCCUGACAAUAUACUUCAGUGUCUGAUGACUCAGCCUGAAGUCUAUGCUUGGCAUACGAGGCCCAAAGAACAGGAGGGAACACAGCAAAGUUUCAGUUUGAGUUGCUUGUUCAGGUUUAGUCUUCAGCACUCUUGUGCUAAACACAUUUACAUAGAAGCCAACAUCAGCGGUACAUCUGCAGAUACGAGGGAUUUGGAUCGCAGCUCGGGUCUCAAAACAAGGCUUCUUUUCAUCCUUGUGCUGCUCUUUGUUUCUGCUCCUAAUAUAAUGCAUAAUAACUAUGGGCUCUGUCGUCGUUUUCCUUAGUGGCAGUAUGAGUGUGCAUUAACCCAGAUAAUCGCUUUUGUUUCCUCCAAGGCCAAGAAUAAAAAAUAAAUAAAAGGUCAAUACCAUUCUCCUGUAGAAACAGAGCAACAUGUUUUCUAUAUUGCAUCUAUGGGUUAGGGUUACCUUACCUUUUGCCCCGGGCCUUCUUAGGCACAAGUCUUGCGUUUUAAAGCUCUGUAUCCAAGAGUGGUUGUUUCCCCCACCACCACCACCACUUUCCCCAGGAAAACCUGCUCUUUAAAGCUGAAUCGGAACAAACAGCAAUUCAGGUUUUCUGUAGAUUGCUGUUUGCUCCAAUUCAGCAGUUCGGAGUGGGUUUUUGCAGGGAAAGCGCAAGGACAACAACAACAAAAUGCUCUAACACAGAGAUUUGAAAUGUGGACCUGUGCCUAGAAAAAUGGCCCAAAAGGAAGUCUGGAUGAGCUAAGACAAAGCACUGUUUAUUGUUUUAGCUUGCUCACAAAUACCUGCACAGCCCCUGGCCGAAUUGCUGAAAAGUGAAGGCUAAACCCUGGAAUUCAGUUCCAAAUCUUCCCUACCCCAUCAAAAAGACUUAUCAUUCAACCACAAGUUCUGUGAAUUGUCAAAAGAAAGAAACAUUUCUAGGGAAUCCUGUUGAUCAUAUUAAUUGUAAGCCCCGAGACAGGACGUCCCGAAAGAUGUAGUAACAUUCAUCUGUUCAGGUUUUUAAUAUGAGCAUCUUGCUAGGUCUUUGAAAUGCAUUUGACAUAUUUUCUGUGUUUUAAGGGCAGAUGUUGUUGUUUUUUUGAGGAGUGCAACUGUUUCUUAGAAGCAGCUCACAAAUUUUUGGAAUUCUGUUUUAAAAGAACCAUCCACAGCUCCCCAGAACAGAAAAAAAACACAGCUGUGUGUACUGGAAAUGAAAAUAAUUCUGAGGGGAAAGUUCUCAAGCAAGUUCCUCUAGCUCAAUCUUGACUCUGUCCUCUCUUAAUGAGGAUUUGUCUCACAGCCUAGACCGCUAAAGAUGUAGCUGGAUUAAGGGGUACAGGAUAGGGGACAAGGUGGGGAGGAGUUAAAAUAUUGAACUUGGUCAGUUAUAACUUAAUAUUGUUGCCUUAAGCACUGAUCAAGAAGACAAAAAAAUUUGGUUUUGCAAAGUGUUUUAUAAAUCUCAGUUUUCAAAGCUGAAACAGAUUCAAUUUGCAAAAUGCAAAUCUGGUUUGAAAAAACUUCCUGGAUUCUCAAUAUCAGGAAGUGAGCGAGCUUUCAUAAAUAGAACAGUGCUCUGGGUUCUGCGGUAUCUAGAAAAGUGAUGUAAGCCAUACAAAACAAAACUCCAUAGAAAUCGAUUAUCUGAGACUAGCCCAUGCUUUAUACAACAGAUGCUUCCCUAGUUCUGAAAUGCAGAGCUAUAUAUUUCAAGUGAUAUAGAACCCUAUGGAGAAGAUAACCUUCCCUGGCCCCAUCCCAUAACCCAUGUUGCAUUGAAAGUUCUUCUUUAGUGCUUUCUGAGAUCCCAGGGAACAGAAUUCAAACUCUGCCUAGACUAGGCUCCUUCUUUCGCUCUUUUUAACUGUAGUUAACCGUGGUCAAGCAUGAUGUGUGAAUGCGAGUCCUCUCCUGCUGUCUUCCUCCCGCCUCCUUCUGUAUCUCAACAACUGGAUUCUUUUUGUUCUAACUGGGACUGAUCUCCACAGGGCGAGCCUGGCAAACAAGGCCCAUCUGGUCCUUCUGGUGAACGCGGUCCUCCCGGCCCAAUGGGACCACCUGGCUUGGCCGGACCCCCUGGUGAAUCUGGACGUGAGGCAAGUCUUCCAAUUUCCAUGGGAGCUCCGGACUCCUAAACUUGUUCACCUUUCUCUGUCAAACCCCAGUCUCUUACCAUUGAUCAGAAAUAUGGUCCUAGUCAAACUGUGCAGUCAGUGGUAAAAUGCAGGUGCAGAAUGCCUUGGCAUCCCCCAGCUAAAAUAAGCUUUGAUAAGAACCUCUAUCUGGAGCCUUGGAAAGUAAGGCAAUACUGGGCUAAAUAGACCAAUGGUCUGGCUCAGAGCAGUGUAGCUUCGUGAGGGACCAUGAUCAGGGUCAUGCUUUACUUGCAGAAGAUACCAUGUUUGUUCCUUAGCAUCUCCUGUUAAAAGUAUAUUCAAGCAGGCUGCUGCCUGAGACCUUGGAGAUAUGGUGCCUGAUUUUUUUUGCCCUUACAGAGGAUAGACAAUACUGCUAGGUAGACCAGUAGUCCUCCUUAGUUAAUAAUAAUAAUAAUAAUAAUAAUAAUAAUAAUAAUAAUUUAUUAUUUAUACCCCGCCCAUUUGGCUGGGCUUCCCCAGCCACUCUGGGCAGCUUCCAACAAAAUAUUAAAAUAACAGUAAUGCAUCAAACAUUAAAAGCUUCCCUAAACAGGGCUGCCUUCAGAUGUCAUCUAAAAGUCUGGUAUUUGUUGUUCUCUUUGACAUCUGGUGGAAGGGCAUUCCACAGGGCGGGUGCCACUACCGAGAAGGCCCUCUGCCUGCUUCCCUGUAACUUGGCUUCUCACAGUGGGGGAACUGCCAGAAGGCCCUCAGCGCUGGACCUCAGUGUCCGGGUAGAACAACAUACGGCAACUUCAUAUGUCCGUAAAUCCUUACUAGUAGAUGUGCAUUGAAUAAUAUAGUUCAGUUACAGAGCUGAAUAGUUUUAACUCAGUUCUAGAUCUCCCAUGGUAGCUAGAGAGUUCUAGAGUUUCAACACCACCACAAUCUCAGUCUCACCAUCUUUCUUCUUGGCUGACAGGGCUCUCCUGGUGCAGAAGGUGCUCCCGGUCGCGAUGGUGCUGCUGGUCCCAAGGUGAGUUGAACAUGCAUGUGUGUAUGCAGCAGGUGUCCGGAACGGGCCGGUGUCGCAAGACCCAGGUCCGAUAACUUUGCAAAACGAAAGACUUGAUUUCACAAACGCACACCGGUUCUGAGCUUUGAUCGCCUCUUCUUGCCUUUCCCUUUCCCAAACAGGGUGAUCGUGGUGAGACUGGCCCAGCUGGUGCCCCUGGCGCUCCCGGUGCCCCCGGUGCCCCUGGCCCAGUUGGCCCUGCUGGCAAGAAUGGCGACCGCGGCGAGACUGUAAGUGGCGCUUCCUUUCCUUCUGCUACAACGUUUUCUGAAUCCUUCAUUUUUCCGAAUUCCACUAGGCCACAUAUAUGCAAACCGACUUAUUCCAGAUCAGUGGAUCUGAAAUAAUGCCAGUCAUUCACAACUUUCCGCUUUCAUGAUCAGUAAAGAUUCAGGCAAGAUGGGUAUUCGUUUGCAGAUGACAUAGGCAUACCCUCCACACCCAGCUUCAGGAUCUUACAUAUUUCAGGAGCGUGCCUUCGUACUUAAUUAACAUGGAACGCAUGCCACUUCUGGUCCUGUGCUCACAUUCGCUAAAGGGGCUCUCUUUCACGCUGCUUUAAUUAACUUGGAUUGGCAUCCACCUAUGGCUCCUCAUUUGUUAGUUCGAAAUAAUUACUCGAGCCAUAUGAGAGCGCUGUGGGGGAACCUCUUCCAUUACACUCUCCCCAUCCUUAUUGCAACUCUGCCAGAGGAUUAAUGAGGUCACUCAUUUGUGAUCUUCCACUCAAAUCCUAUGGAACAUCCCAGGAUUUCGCUAGCAAAUGCAGGAAUAGACAACUCCCAGAUUUAUUCGUUGGCGUGCUUAUAUCCUGCCUUUUUCAUCUUUGGAACUCGAGGCAGUCUGCGUGGGGGUUCCCAGGUGGUCCCCCAUGCGAAUCCUGAGCAGACCUAAAUUUGCUUAGCUUCAGCAAGGUGGAUGCAGCCAUCUGGUGGCCAUAUAUGCCCACCUACACAUCCUAAACACCAGGCUGGCUGCAAUAGUGAAUACACUUUAUAACUAAGAAUCCAACAAACAGAUAGACAGAGAGAUGGACAGACUCUACAGACAGACUCGAGCUCUUCCUGCUAUGAUUGCCCUCCCUUCCAAGGACUGGGCUCCUAAAGGAAUAAGUUGCAUGCUCAAUUACAUGCGGAAUUUUAAAAGCGAUGAUAUGUACAUUUUCUCCUUUUCUCUUUCCCUCUAGGGUCCCGCUGGCCCUGCUGGCCCCGCUGGCCCUGCUGGUGCUCGUGGUCCUGCAGUAAGUUUGGGCUUUGAAAUGUCCUCUCUCUUUCUCUCUUUCUUUUCAUAAAAUCAUAGAAUUGGAAGGGGUCGCAAAGGCCAUCUAGUCCAACCCCCUGCAAUGCAGGAAUCUUUGGCCCGGCAUGGGAUUCGAACCCAUGAGCGUGAGAGUAAGAGUCUCGUGCUCUACCAGCUCAGCUAUGUUAUACUGGUAGAAUAUAUAAUAUGCUAUUCAAUAAGGCUGAAUGGAUAUACUUGGACACUUCCUGUCUGUAUGAUGUCUGCUACCUUUGCCUUAUGGUUGAAAUACAACUGGAAAUAAGCACUCCAAGUUCAUAUCCCGAGUUACGCAGAGUGACUUGCUGAUAGGCAUUUCCUUCCUUUCUCCUUUGUGAAAGCCCAAUAAGCCAAUUUUUAAAAAUAAAAAUUAAAAUCUUGCUUUCCGUUUCUAGGGCCCACAAGGUGCUCGUGGUGACAAGGGUGAGACUGGCGAACAAGGUGACAGAGGAAUGAAGGGUCACAGAGGAUUCUCUGGUCUCCAGGGUCCCCCUGGCCCCCCUGUAAGUACCAGAAAGCUCUUUGCCAUUUUUGGUGCAGAGAAGCUCCAGACGUCACAGACCUCCGUACCCUCUGACAUUUCUCAAAUAGGGACGUCCUAAGGAAAAGUGGGACCAAAUCCAGGAUCAAAUCAGAAACUAGGACAGCUUCUCUUAAGUCAGGGGCAUCCCUGGAAAAUAGGGACACAUGGAGGGUCUUGCUUUAAGGCUUUAGUCCUCGUGAAGGAGAGAAAUGUCCUCACACAAAUUAGAGCCUUGCACCUCUGAUCUAGAGAGCUAGAGCUUUCCUAUCUCAUUUCUGUGGCUUAAGACGGUCUGGAAAAGAAGGACAGACCUUUCUUUCAAUAGCCACAAUAACUUAAAUUGAGCCUCUGCAUUCAGAGGAAACCUACCUCCUUCCCCACCCUGUUUUCUGAACUCCCCAGAGGCCUCUGACUAGCCACUAUUCAGAGACAGGUGGAUCUCGGUCCAGUUGUUUAAUGAGCAAAAGCUACCGUCGCUUUCUGCAAGGAAAUUCCACCUUUGGAUACCUUUUUGAUGAAACAUCUAGUCGGGGGGUGGAGGAAAGAAAAGGGGGAGCUUUGACAUCUAUUUGGCCUGUACGACUGCAGGUCCUUGAAGGUUCCCCAAAGCCCUCGCCCAUUAAUCGGCUUCCGUUUACAAUUCCAUCCAGAUCUCCUAUUGCACCAACUUACUUAAAUCAAAACUUGUAAUUCCAGUUUUCCAACUUUUAGAGACAGAGGGCAGGCUAACGAGCAACAAUUUUGUUCCUAAAUUUCUUCAGCUACCCAUAUGUAUUUUUUCCCCCUUCCCCUUACAGACGUCAGUUUCGUCACGCCAUGCAUUUUGCAAAUAAGUGCUUGCCUGCGUUCAUGCACAUCCCCAUUUGUUCCACGCAUUCCUCCGCCCAGAAAGGCUUUGAGCCUGCCAUGUGGUUGAAAGCAGCAGUGGGCCUCAGCUGUCACUCGGUGUAUAGUUGUUGUCACUGAGCAGUGGCCAAGGCAGGCUUGGGCCUACCUUAGCAGCAUAGAAAUAAGAACUUUAAAGAUGGAGGCCUUAGAUUGCUAUGGCUUCCUUUGGGUCCCUCGUUAACGCAGCCCUCUUAAUUACACAGUGGCAAGAUUGGAGAAGAUGUAUUUAGACCUCCACACACCCCAAAGCAAUCUGCAUUUGAUAUACAUUUCUUCCUGGUCCCAAAUGCAAAUACAGUAUGCUACCCAGUAGUUGGGACGAACAUGGGCAAGGCAUAUGAAAAAUAGGCCACAAAAAUAUUGCCUAUCCUUCUUUCCACCGAAGACCUAGAAAUCUAAAUGCUGAAAGGCUUCCAUUUGAGAUAUACCCAGUUUCCAUUGUACUGAAUGAAACCUUUUUUAAAAAAAAAUAUAGGGUUGCCAUAUUUCAAAAAGUAAAAAGCAGGACACCCCCCCCCCCCCCAAGCAAUUUUUCUAUUGACUUGCCUAAGAUCCAGAACAAAGCGCCGCCUUUCGGAAUUUCCUCCCUGACGUCAGUUCCACCUUUGAAAUUCCAGUAAUGUCUGGGAAAAUCCAGACAUAUGGCAGCAUAGAUAUCAUUUUAUUUUAUUUUAUUUUGUACUGAGUGAACCUAUUGGUUCCCGUUGCCACUUGGAAGAGUAGAUUGAUGAAGGAACACAUAUGAGAUUGGCAUGGACAGAAGCUAGAUUGAUACUUCCUCUCUGUAACUGAACAGGAUUGCAUUUUCUGCCAUUUAAAUAAACCUGUUUUCCCCCAGAUGAUCAUCAAAACUGACAAUUUUUUCUUUUGUGCAGGGCUCUCCUGGUGAACAAGGUCCCUCUGGUGCUUCUGGUCCUGCUGGUCCAAGAGUAAGUAUGGAUUGGGCUGUAAAGCGCAGCAUUAUAGCUAUUAGCUAUUAUUGCUAGACUUUAGUCCUUCUAUGCACCUGUUGUUGUUGCCGCUGCUGCUGCAUUCAUGUUAACAACGAAAGCUUCACUCAUGGUACAUUUUUGCACUGCGUUCCUGACAGGGUCCCCCUGGCUCUUCCGGUGCCGCUGGCAAAGACGGUCUGAAUGGUCUUCCUGGCCCCAUUGGCCCACCUGGUCCCCGUGGUCGCACUGGUGAUGUUGGUCCUGCUGUACGUAUUCCUUCUCACUGUACAAAGCUCAUAGUUAUCAGCACAAUGGGUGGAUGAUAUCUUUGCCUACCUACUCUUCUUAUUUUCCUUCUCCAGGGUCCUCCCGGACCUCCUGGACCACCCGGUCCCCCAGGCCCACCCAGCGGCGGCUUUGACUUCAGCUUCCUGCCCCAGCCUCCUCAGGAGAAAGCGCACGAUGGUGGCCGCUACUACAGAGCUGACGAUGCAAACGUGAUGCGCGACCGCGACCUGGAAGUCGACACUACCCUCAAGAGCCUGUCCAUGCAGAUUGAGAACAUCCGCAGCCCUGACGGAACCCGUAAGAACCCAGCCCGCACUUGCCGCGACCUGAAGAUGUGCCACGGAGACUGGAAGAGUGGUGAGUACAGUCGGGGGGAAAACAAUUCUCAGGUGCAUCUCUUAAAUGCCACGAAUUCUCCUUUUUUCUGGACCACGUCCGUUGGCAGAAUGGCUCUGCCCUGCUCUUUCCUUCUCCGUAUAUCAAUCUUCUCACUUCCCCUCUCUUCUCUGUCAUGUUGACCUUUCUCUUUCACUUGGGGAUUGUUUGCACAGCCAAGCAUAUAGUUGUUUUCUCAGGUCCAGGGCCAGGAAUGGAUUUUCCACCGGAGCUGACUGGGCAGUGAUUUGGGUGCCUUUUCUCACAGCCUCUUCCCUAAAUAACAUGCUUGAGUCAAGCAGAACGAUUAAUUCUCCCAAGUAGCUUCUAUCUGCAGAAUGUGACUUGCAUUUACUUAGGUCCUAAAGGGUGAAGUGGGCCUUCUAAGUUGCUGUAGAGCUUCUAGCUCCAGCCCAGGCUCUUCUCUGGCCCCUCUCCCUUCUCCUACAAAAAAAAUAUGCUUAGGAAGCAGAAUGUCAUUUCUUGUGUAGAUAAUUAAUGCUGGGAAGUGAUGGGGCAACCAUCUAUUUUUUAUAAUACACAUCCACCUCCCCCUGUUCCCUGGCUCUCUGAAGUCCAUCUCAGCCAUACAUAGGUAGUUCUCUUUUCUGUUCUUUUGUUUUUAGCUGUUUGCCUCCUCGUCUUGUAUGGAGUAAGGCUUGGGCAGAUAUUUUCCUGACCCACUUGGGCAAGUCUGAGAACUCAUUGCAUGGGGGGUGGGAUCUGUGAGAUAGGAAAAAGCAGGAGGGGGCAAAUGGUUGGCCAGCCCCCUUUUAGAUCAGGUUGGCGUAAAUUGAUGUUUUGUUUUGUUUUGCUCCUGUGAUCCAUUCUCCAUCAUCCCCAUUCACUUGACCCCGUUCCUCACCAGGUGAGUACUGGAUUGACCCCAACCAAGGCUGCAACCUUGAUGCCAUCAAGGUCUACUGUAACAUGGAGACUGGAGAGACUUGUGUCCAAGCUUCUCAGCCCACCAUCCCCCAGAAGAACUGGUACAUCAGCAAGAACCCCAAGGAGAAGAAGCAUGUCUGGUUUGGCGAAAGCAUGUCCGAUGGCUUCCAGGUGAGACCAGGAAUCGGUGAGGCAGCGACAGUUAACCAGCAAGUGGCUUAGCUGGGACUGUAUUCUGAGUUGGGACCGGAGAGUUAUUUCAGGAUCAGGUUUCCUCCAAGUCACCUGCUGAACUAGAAUGGAUACGAAUUCCACAUGAAUUCCAUGUGCGGAAAGAAUGUCACAGGCAGAAGAACCUGGUGACUGCUUGGUUGUUUCAAUGGAAGCUCUGGGACUGUUUAGCAAGAGGAUGAAAAGACUGAGAAUAGAUAAUCGCCUUAAUGCACAGGUAGGAGCGGCCUCAAUGAGACUGAGAAAUCCAUGUCGACUUUCCAUGUCUGCCAUAGAAUCUGCUCAGAUUGUAACCAGAAAGAUUAAGUUGCCCAUUGAGAAAGGGCCUUUAGCUGUAAAAGGCGAAAGAGCCCUGGAAUUGGUUGCCUAGGGAGGCCUGUGCAUCAUUGGGCUUCGUUGGAAUGGGCUUGAUUCACAAGGCAGAACCUGGAUGGUGGCUUGAUGUCACUUCCAACCUUUAUCCAAGGAUGUUGAACACGACAGAUGAAAAAUGGACAGGAAGGAGGGAAUUUAUGUUGACCAAGGUGCCUCGAAGUACAAUUCCUGGUGCUUGCAGGAAGUUGGGCUUGAUGGCUCCUUAAAUCACUUCUAACUCUAUGAUACGUGGAAGCAAAAGGGAGAGGGGAAGAUCAUUGGUUAAAAGCAAGCAUAGGCCAAUUUUCAAGUGAUAUAUUCCAGAGGUUCAGCUGGGCUUGACUUAGCAUGCUGGAGUAGUCUAGCUCAAAGAAGCUGUAGAUGCUGCAACUUGGAAAAGCAGUCUGUCAAGAAGAAUGUAUACCUGUUGCCUCAUCUAUCUCUCUACAUCUCAUUUCCAAGCUGGAUUUUGGGCAGCAGUCAGCUUAACUGGCUUUGCCCAUUAUUGCAUUACUUCCUGCCUCGGCCCUCUGAGCAUGAAGAGAAAGCAAAGGAGCUGGUUAGAUUCCUAGAUAUAGCAGGGGGUGGGGUUCCUAGAGGACAUGACACGAGUGCUAACCACUUCCUUGCUUCCUCCUUCCCUCCAUCUCCAAUGACAGUUCGAAUAUGGUGGCGAGGGAUCCGACCCAGCUGAUGUUUCCAUUCAACUGACCUUCCUGCGGUUGAUGUCCACUGAAGCUUCCCAGAACAUCACCUACCACUGCAAGAACAGCGUGGCUUACAUGAACGCAGAGACCGGCAACCUGCAGAACGCUCUGCUCCUCCAAGGCUCCAACGAGAUCGAGAUCAGAGCAGAGGGCAACAGCCGCUUCCUCUAUGGAGUCCCUAAGGAUGGUUGCACGGUGAGCGAUUGGGUCUUUAGAUGUGGGGUGGGGGGUACAAUAGAUUCUCUCUCUCUCAGACUGGAGACCUUGUGCAUAAGCUGCAGUGUUUUACUCACAGCUGGCAGGGGAGUUCCCCUUCUAUACCUCCUGCUAAAACCAUGCUUUGGAACUGGGAGACAAUCCAUAUAAAACAACGCCAUAUGUAAGAAUGGCCAGAGGCAGGGGGAAAUAGGGGUAGGCAGGUGUGGCUGAGGAAGUCAGGACUGCAGGUUGACCUCUCAGUGCUGUGAUUCCUAUCUGUGUUUGGAAACACAUACACUGGGUGCUUUUCAGUGCUGAAGCAUGGCAGAUGAGGGAUGGAAUAUCCCUAUUCAGCAAAAGAACCCUCUGAAAGAUCUCAGGACGGGGAAGCCGUGGCCCGCCAGAAGUUUGUCGGACUUCAGUUCCCAUCAGCUCCAUGAGCAGUGCUCAGGAGUGAUGGGGGUUACAGUCCAAUAAUAUCUGGAAGGCCGCAGUCUCCAUACUGCUGCCAUAAUAAAUCCUCAGAACCUGCAAAGGUGUAUCUUCGCUUAGUAUAGCGGUCCCUACUUGCUUGUGCUCUUGACAUCUGGAUCGGGGACAGACUCUUGGACGUUUUAGUGGUUCCCUUUGAAGGCACAUCCUGCUUUUUGAGCCAAAAGGCCUUCAAGGCAAGAGAGGGUCCAGAUGGCUGAGUCCACAGUAGCUUAAAUCCAUCAGAAGACAGUGAUAGCUCAAGAUCAGAUGGUGUGAUUGCUCCCCCUGGCUAUUCAUGGUGGCUUCCUCUGGACUUAAGGACCUGGAUUCUGGUCAUGCAGAAGAUAGACCAUAACAUAUCCUCCAACUUCUAUGUUGGUUCUGCCUCUUCUCUCACAGUGCCCUGAAUCCCUGAAGUUCUAAAUGCCGGAGUAAUUAUGUGGCACAAUGGGAUGGGCAUCCAGGGUGGGGAAGGCAGGAGCCAGCUUUUAGGAGCACGGUUGACCAGGGAGAAAGUUCAGGUCGGAUGUGGGGAGGGGGUGUCAUUCCUCUGUACUCGGAAGCUUCAAAAGUCUAUGGAGCCAAAAACAAAAUUCUGAUUUCUAAAUUCUGAUUUUUCCCUCCCUCUGCAGCGUCACACUGGCAGUUGGGACAAGACAGUCAUCGAAUACAAGACAACAAAAACUUCCCGGUUGCCCAUCAUUGAUGUGGCUCCCAUGGACAUUGGUGGUAGAGACCAGGAAUUCGGCUUUGAGAUUGGACCAGUCUGCUUCUUGUAAACCCAAAAGGAAACCUGACAGUUUAAAAAAUAAAAUAAAAAACAGCCAAAAAAGAAGGAAAUUUCACAUGGACUUGAAUUUGUGUCUUUUUCUAUCCAUCAUCUCUAAAACUAUUUUUGUUUCCGUUAAAAAAAAAAACAAAAAAAGCAUUAAACCAAAAAAAUAAAAAUAAAUGACUUUUCAAAAAUAAUUAAGGAAGUGCAUCCACUUGCUUGACUUUAUUAUUAUUAUUAUUAAAAUCCCCAAAGACAGAAUGGUUUGAUUUUAUCUUCUUCUUUUUGAAAAAAGAGCAAGUAAUAUUGUGGGACCAAUAUUUGUACAUUCCAAAAAAUACAUAUAUAAAAACCAUACAAAAUGACAAAAUCAGUCGAAACCAAGCAACACCUGAAAUACAUCUGUAUGAAAAUCUGGUGUGUCUUUUUAUCUUCCUGGCAGCAAUCAGAGCAAUACUAAACUUAGUGGUAGAACCUGCCCAUCACAACCCCAUCAAAAAUAACCUCCCUUCCUCUCAGCCCAGAGCUGUAAUAAUAAAUAAAUCCCAAAAUCUACCUAUAGACCAUCUUUCUCUGCUGGUACCUGAUAGAAAGAGAUUUAUCUUUCUCUCUCUUUUUUAUUUUUACUCAGAGCAAUGCCACUGAAAAGAUGAUUCUUUCAGCCAUUUUAAAUGUUUUUUUCAGUUUUGUUCAGUCGGCAACAGGGAUAAAUUUGGCGAAGUUAUCAUAAAAAAAAGGUGUGGCACUGAGUGGUUUUUCGAAACAGAAACCUGUUUGAAGGAAAAGAACAGGUGCUUGUCCCUCUCAGAGACAUCAGGUAGAGGGGGGAAAAGACAGGUUUAAGAGCUUUAAUUAUUUUGUCGGUGAGCAACUGAAGGAAAAAAAUGGCCAAUAAUACCAGAAAGCAGAGAAAAUGUAAUGUUUAAAUGUAUAUUAUUGUUGUAUGGAUGGCUACCUCACCAUUGUCUUUUUCAAGUUCUUUGGGGUAGUUUUGGGGUCUUUUUUUUAAUACUAGCAUCAGCUUGCAUGGAGGGGGGGUGAAGAAACUGGGCAGAGUUUCAGGUUUAGAUAAAGGUGCUACCUGUGUCUUUCAUAUAUCUUUUUUUUUUUAGUCUGCUAUGUUAAUAAUUUUCAGGUCCCAUGAACUUUUUUUUGUUUUUUUUUUGAGGUGACAAAACCUAGAAAAACCUCGCCCCAAGCACAGCUUUGCUGAAAAGGGGGCCAUUUGGUGCUAUAGAAAUGAGAUUAUUGGAGGGGAAAAGCAAACUGGAUGCCUUGCUGCCCAGAGAUACUUGUGAAUUUUUUCUUUCAAAAGGUGCUAUUUCUUUUUUAACAAGCAAAAAUAAUAAUUAAAAAAAUCGAGGAUGAGGAAAAAAAUAAAUCAAACAUUGCUACAAGGGAUCAAGGUCUCAGCAGUUUCUGUCUUUCUCUUGUAAAGCAGGUGGAUUCUCUUUUGGCUUGUAUUUUCUCCCCCAUUCCCUCAGUUCUUCUCCUCCAUCACCACCUCUCUCUCUUUUUCUCUCUUUCUUCCAUCUUUCGUCCCAUCCCACAAGCAAACACUUUUGCUCAUCGCCCUCCCUCGUUGCUGAUUCAUUCUUCCCUUUCUUAUCCACCUCUUUCUCCUCAGCUCUGCCAACAUCACCCCUCAUCUCUCUUUUUCUCCCCCCCCUCCACUUUCUGUCUUUCAUUGGGUUUCCGACUCAAGCAAAAAAACCCAUAAUUCCUCUCUUUCUCACAAGAGGCAGAUGUUGUAGGGAGUGUGAGCGGCCGAAGAUUCUGUACCUAUUUUGUAUAUGUAUAAUAAUUUGAGAUGUUUUUAAUUAUUUUGACUGCUGAAAUAAAGCAUGUGAAAUGAUCC